UCUUCAUAAACAAGAUGGCGGAUGAAACAGUGGAUGAGAACGAAAAGAAGGAAGAUGGUUUUACCAGGGUUUCUGCAAAGAAUAAUACACGAAAAAGAUUUGUUGGAACUAAGUCAAUUGUGGGGAAGAAAUCAGAUACGCUUGCAGGUAUUUUUUUUGGGUAAACAGUGAAGCUAACUAUUUGAAAUCAUGCUAUGUGUACGGGCAUGAUGUUCAUCACGUCCACAUGGUUGUACAUGUAUAACAUGGUGUAACUGUGGACUCCUCUGAUACAUUUUUCAGAACAAGGCUGCGCUCUGAUAAAAAUUGAAGGGAGCCCAGUGCUCUCAACUUGUGAAAUCUAGGGGGUACAAUUUUUUCCUAUGUGUUUUAAUGAAACUUUUAAUUUAAGAUACAUUAUUAUUCAUUUAAAAUAUUUCCCCAAUUCUGAUUGGCUAAAGGCACACGCAUAAUUCACCAUAACCAGUUACUGAUGACCAAAUUUGGAAGAAUUUUGUGUUUAACGAGGAAGUGACGUCAAAAAUGCAGCCUUCUACAGGUUAAUGCACCGUCAACCAAGAAGACCUGUAAAAACUAAAAUGGCGGACUCUUCACUUGUUUCAAGACUAAGAACUACAGCUGGAACUAGGCGAAAUAAUGGCUAAAAACAUAACAAAAACAGCAAGAAGACAACUUGGAGAGCGACAUCUGCUAUUUGGAGAAUAUUUGCGGAGGUGGACAACCUAAACGUAAACUAUCGAAGAUAAACUUAACAUCGAUGCAGGUAAGCUUGUUUUAGCUAUGUUUCUAAACUAGGAAUUUUUUUGAAUGAAUAAUACAACAAUUUAUUGAAUUCAGGUUUUGUAUCUUAUGAAGAAUUAUGGAGAUCUCAGAGGGUGUUAUCCGCCUCGGCCCAUGGCCUCGAUGGAUAACACCCUCCUCGAUCUCCAUAAUUCUUCAUAAGAUACUCAGCCUCAUUCAUUAAUUGUUAAAUAAUUGAUUUUAACACUCAAACACCAUAUUCUCACAAACUAAAAAUGUCCACAAGAAUGACUUUUAAACUGUGUUAUAAGAAUGAGAUAUUGUGGCAGAUAAUUCUUUUGGAAACGGGUAACCCCUUUAAAUUCAGCGUCACAGGGAAUCCAGUUUUAGCUGUGGAGAGUUCCUGUGCUUUUUCCCUGUUGCUUCCUUAUUUUGAAACGGCUAGAGAUUUUACCACAGGUUUACCAGGUAAACUGAUGGAGGGGUAGCAGGGCAUAAGAGGUAGAGGGAUAGGGUUCUUUAUUUGUUUGAGAGGUAUUUUGGGGGUUACAUUUUUGUGGUGUUUAACAGUUACUUGGAGGGUGGGGUUAAAUUUUUUGUUGGACUUCUUCAAAUCCUAAAAAAACAAACCCCCUACUUUAAUUUAAAACACCUCUAAAAUAGGGAGAGCUCCUUACAGUUUUUUCACUGUGCAACAGGUGUUUUUUUAUUGAAAUGUUUUACUGCUAAGGGACAAAUGCAAUAUGCAUACGCUUAACAAAAUAUCUUUGACAUUUACAAAUGAGUCAUUCUUAUUUUUUUAUUGCAACUGGUCACACUUCAUCUUCAUGUCAUAAUUCAUAAAUUUGAUUUUUCAUACAUAUACUGCAUUACUGUAACUUUUCAAAUUGAUAUUAAUAUUAUCCCAGUUUCUAUAGCAGUUGCUAAGUUGUGUUAUUUUGCUUAGUGAUAUAGGUAGACUUUCGGGCAAAAAAAAAUGAUUUGCUCCUGCAACCACCUAAUCUAAGUUGUUACCUUCCUUUAAUAAGGUCAUUGCCAAGGAAUGUUUCAUUAAUUUUUUUUUUCAGAGAUUGGCACAAAUAUCAAGAGAGUUGUAAGGCAGAUUCCAGAGGAAAUUCUAAAUAAUGCAGAUUUGCAGGAUGCCAUUAGACAGGUGAAUAUUAGUGGAAUACUCUAUUUAAAAUACAUGUGUACACAUGUAAAUGCUUUUAAAUGGUACAGUCAAGACAUCAAAUCAGAUACUAUAGUAUAUUGAAUUUUGUGAUGUGUGGAGCAGUCCAGAAGUUGCAUUGUGUACCACUGUGUGAUCAGUACCUAAGAAAUUUGAUGUUUGAAUUUAUUAUUUUUGUUUUCUUCUAAUAUCUGAGUUGCAGGGCAUUAGUAUUAACUCUUUUUAUUGCCAGACACCAUUGGAACCAUCAGGGCUGUGUGCUAACAGUGCCUGAUAGCCCCUACCUAAUACUUCCUCUUUGCUCUCAGACUGAUUAUCAUAAGAAUUUAAUUUCCUAUAAAGCUUUCAGUUCUUUGUAACUCUCUAGACAACAACACAGGAGCCUCUGAGAACAUCUCUAAAAUUGACUCAUAAUUAAGACUUACAUUUUAAGUUAUUUGUGACAUGUACAUAAAUAGAUGUUAGGAAUUUUUAGGAUUUCUGCUUUUCUUGUAAAUGUAAAGUAAGAUUUGUAAUUUGUGGGUUGUUAGGUUCUUACUAAUAGGUUUUGAUGUAAUUUAUGUGAGAUUGGUAAUUAUUUGUAAUUAUGAAUUUUUACUUUUGAGAUAAUUGUGAAAUAUAGUUUUCCUUACAACCACACAUGCUUAGCUUACAUGUAGCUAUUGUUUUAUCAUGUUUGCAUAAAUGCUAUUCUUCUUCUUAUUGUUAUUAUUAUUAUUUUAAAUUGCAAGGUGUUUGUAGUGUGAGAGUUUACUGUAAUGUAGAUUGUUAAAAUAUUUGAAAUUCUUCUUCUUCAGUUACCCCCAAACUACAAUUUUGAAAUCUUCAAGACUGUUUGGAGGAUCAAAGAAACAAGCUCUAAAAGAGGUAAAAAGAUAUAAUCAAGUCUCUUGUACUCUGUAUAAUCAGCGUGCAAAGAAAUUAGUGUCCGAUAACCUGGGGCUAGUGGAUUUUGCUAUUGGGCAAGUGAAUUCUUUUCUUAACCUGCCUGAUGAGAAAGUGAAGGUUUUUGAGGAAUUCAAAUUACAGAAGAACUGUGAAAUCAAUUCUGCCCAUCAAAAUGUUUUUGGGGCUAGUUGAAAUGACAUUUGGGCUAGUAAAUGCUAGCUUCAGCUUGCCCGAAUGGCAAGCUUUAAAAAUGACUUUCUUUGCACCCUGAAAAUAUUGUGUGACUAACAUGAUGAUAGAAGAUCAGCCUGACUGUAGAUAUGAAUAAGAGAUCUUUACAAAAUUCUGACUGGCCAAUCACACACAGACUACUGCAACAGGGAGGUGGAGGGGACCAUUUAUUUUUAGUUAUUAUUUGGGAAGGGAUGUGGUUUCUUGUCUCUUUAAGCAGAAAAUAAUCUGUGUUAACUGAAGACUGGCUUCCUAAAAUAAUGUUAUUUUAACUUUGGUUUCUGGAGUUGUAUUUUCAAGAAUGAUAAUAGGGACCCAGCAAACUACGAUAGAAAAAGCAACUGGAACUUCAAAAAAGCAAUAGGUUUACGGUGUAGUGAGCAAACUUACAACUCUGCACGUGCAUUAUGCUUUUUUGCAAAUCUCUUUGCCAUCCCUGCACAUGAAAUGGUCAAAUCGUUUGUUCUCUUGAAAAUGGGAACAGGAAGACAAUAAAUUCUACCAUCUCUUUCUGAACUUGGGGGCAUUUCCCUCUCCUCAGUUCCAACAUAAAUUCCCUUCUUUUAAGUAAGUGAGCAACUUAGGACAAUCGCAAAAAAGUUUGUAAGGAUGCAAAGUCUAUUUUUCAUCGGCGUUUUCAUGGACGUGGCCAUUGUUGGAUCAUUAAAACAUCAUAACAUGCAGUUAAUGGAACAGAAUGCAUAAGGGGGCAAUUGGAUUGAAGUUUGUAGUGUGAUUAUUUAUUCUAUGAAUGUGCUCUAUUCUUUUAGCCCUAAAGAAAAAGAGGUUUCCAUGGCUAGACGUAUCUUAAUGUAGUACAUGCUUGUCUACAAAUUGUAAAAUUCGAAAAUAAGGCCCUGGAUUUGUCCAUAAGCCCCUUUUAAAAAAAACCUCUGUUAAAUUUAUAAGGCCAGUUGUUUAUUUUUGCCCUCAAAUACAAAGUAAAACAAAGCAAAAUCUGUAUUUACUGUAUUGGUUGAACUUUUGAUACCUGUCUUGAUAUAACUGCUGUAAGCCCCACAAAAGGGCCUUUGAAAAAUAUAAGUCAUUCAUUAUUUUUGGAAUCAGUAAUUGCAAAAAAGAAAAUGGACAGUUUCAAAAUAUUUUUACCCCAGUCGUUUAUUUUCAUAGAUAGAAGAUAGUUUAUAAAAAUACACCACAUUUUUGUAUUGGUUGAACUUGGAUACCUGUCUUGAUAUAAAAUGCUGUGGCUUGUCACACCAGUGGUCAUUGUUUGUCAGCUUGCCAAAAGAAAAACUUUCAAAAUGUUUGCCUUCCUCUUUUCCUCCCUCCAGCCUGUGCAGUCCUGGGGGGAUGAGAAAGGAUCUGCCAAUAUUCUUGUCUUACCCCUCCCCUAGUUGAGCAGUAAGUUCCAUGAAGUUGCCCUACCUGCCAUUGGGCUGUCCAUUUAUUUUGACUGUAUGCCUCAUUUUGUUCCAUGACUUUUCAUGAGGAUUUUAAAGUGGAUAGUGGAGUGCAGGGUGCAAAGAAAGUCAUUUUUACAGCUUGCCAUUCGGGCAAGCUGAAGCUAGCAUACUAGCCCAAACAUUAUUUCAACUAGCCCCCCAAAUUUUUUGAUGAGCAGAAUUGAUUUCACAGUUCUUCUGUAAGUUAAAUUCCUCUAAAUACUUCACUUGCCUGUCAGGCAAGUUAAGAACAGAAUUCACGAGCCUGAUAGCAAAAUCCACCAGCCCCAGGCUAUCAGGCACUACUUUCUUUGCACACUGCAAGUGACAUUAAAAACAGAAUUCACCAGCCUGAUAGCAAAAUCCCCUUGUCCUGGGCUAUCACAUGCGAAUUUCUUUGCACAUUAAAAUAUGGCAUUUAAAUGUUCUUUUGUGUUUUCUGCACUAAAACAUUGAAAAUAAUAAUCAACAGUGCAUUGAAUCAAUUAUAGUUUGAUGUGAUCUUACACUGUAUCUCACUACCACUUGUUCUUUUGUAUUGUUUUAGUGGCAUUACAGUUCCCAGAAGGACUUCUCAUGUUUGCUUGUACAAUAGCUGACAUCUUGGAAAGGUACAUUGUAUGGUUGACUUCCAUCAUUUUGCCCCCAAUUCUUGAUACACUUUUUAAAUUGUUAACACCAAAGAAGGGAGAGUAUUUUACAGCUGUAGCAGGGUGGAGAUUUACCAGUAUCAGUGAAACUGUGAAGAACCCUCGAAGUAGCCAGAUUUCUUUGCUUGACUCCCUUCGCACGUUUAGAGAAAGUACCAUGAAUGAAGUUUCCAUCUUGGAUUAUUCGUUUACCUUUGUUCCUGUUGCUCAACAAGUUUUGUUUCUUUGUGAAAGUCGCAUUAAUUUCCUUCAUUUUUGAACUGUUACCCCGUCUUUCGCGUUAAUUUCACUUAUUCGAAAGUCGUUUUUUAUUAAAUUCGUGUUCAUUUUAGUCGCGUUAAUUUCCAAUACCUUAAUUUCAUGGAGUGUUAAUUUCCUUUAAUAAGGUAUAAUCCUUAUUCAUUAAGAGCCUGUUUACAUGGAAGUGUGUGACUCCAGGUAGGUGAGGUAGCCUGCUUAGGUGGGGUUACCCGCCUGUCGAUAUAAUCUCUCACUUUAAUUUGAUCAUGUUUACAUGAUAGGUGGGGUGACCCGCCAAGGCGGGUAGCCUGGUCUACCACACCAGGUAACCCUCUCAGCUAGAGUCAAAUUUUGCCAUGUUAAACGUUUCAAGGUGGGGUGACCCGCCUAGCCGGGGUCGGAUUCAUGAUACAUCAAAUUCAUGCAAAAUUCACUUUGGUGGUGGCUUUGCAUCAUUAUCAAAGGUAACAAUAGAAAGCCAAAGCACUGAGGGUUGCAGCAAGAGCAACAGGUGAGUGUAGAAGAGCAAUAAUCGUCACCAAAACACGUGGUUUGCCAGUAUUUUUUUUGUUUACAGUGUACGUAUUUAGCGACAAUUCAAUAAUCUUGAAAAAGUGCACCCUGGGAUGGAGGAGUUGUAAGAGAUUGCAUGUAAACGAGGGUUACUUUUUACCCCAGCUAAGCAGGUUACCUCACCUACCUGGGGUCCCCCACCUCCAUGUAAACAGUCCUUAAGUGGAUACAGGGGAUAGUUGCAUUCUGUGUUUCACAGUCAGUCUCUUGUUGUGUUUAGAUUCACAGAGUGUGAUACUGUUAUUAUGGGAGAUGUCACUUAUGGGGCUUGUUGUGUUGAUGACUUCACUGCUAGAGCUCUUGGUUGUGAUUUGAUGGUUCAUUAUGGCCACAGCUGUUUAGGUAAGGACCUGUAUAAUUAAUUAAUUAUAAUAAUUAUAAUUAAUUUUAUCAUCAAAGUUGGACUUACAAUAGCGACCAAAGCAGAGGCGGAGUCAAAAAAGGCAUAAUUUAAAAACAAACAAUGAAAAAGAUAUUAUUUGAAGUUCAAAAUUUUCAGGAAGUUAAAUUUUCAAAAACACACACAUAGAUUUUUUUCAAACUUUGCCAAGGUAAACUGCCUAAAGUAUUCAAUCAAUCAAUCAAAGAGUAUACCGUAAAAUUCCGAAAAUAAGCCCCGGGGCUUAUAUUUUUCAAAGGCCCUUUUUGAGGGGCUUAUUUUUGGAGGGGCUUAUAUUCGGAGGGGCGUAUGUACGGAGGGAAAUUUGCGUUUCAAAAUCGAAUGGGCUACCCUUUUAUUUGGGAGUAAAUUUACCGUGUUUGCUUUGUUUUACUUUGUAUUUGAGGGCAAUUUUCCAAGUACAAGCCCCCGGGAGGCUUAUAUUUGGAGGGGCGAUUUAACGGAGGGUUUUUUGCGUUACCGGUUUGGGGGGCUUAUAUUUGGAGGGGCUUAUACAUGGAGGGGCUUAUUUUCGGAAUUUUACGGUAAUUCAUUUAACUUUGAAUUAUUUGAUAGCAAAAUUCAGUGCUAAUAUCUCUGAAGAAAAUUAGCUCACUAGAGGAUUCUAGCAGAAUAUUACUAGAUGUUGAGAAAAUUCCCAGUUAUCAUGUCAUCGCUAUUCUGUUACUAUGGAUGUGGUGAUGAAACCAAACGUAAUUAUCAAUGCUUGAUAGACAGGUUGUUUCAUUUUGAGGCUUUUCCGUACAUGCACUACAGCCAAAAUUACAGGGCAUCAAACACGAAGGAUAAGUCCUUGAAAAAUAGGUGCGAGCCUCCUUAAUUGUUUCGGAAAGAAAUUAACCGUUUGCCUCAGAAAAGUAGAGCUGUCACUGAGAUUUCAAGUUACCAGUAAAUCGGUGGGGAGUGAAAGACCUGGGGAUUUCUUUUGGUUCUAUUUUUCUUUUAUUUUCCUAUGAAAGUAGCCGCGUGUGUUCAUUGUAACCGGGGGAAAUCUUCCGCUCUCCGGCCUUUAGUGACCGCCUUGUGAUAAGCCAAAAUGUCAACCAUUGACCGUAUACUGUUAACUGCCGCUUAUACGUCUUAAUUAGUGGUUUUGGGAGGGUUUAUUAACGGAGAGGCUUAUAUCUGAAGGGGCUUUUCAAGGGACUGUGUCACGGCUGUCUAGUUCUUUUGUUAUUUUGCCAGUUACUCUUCCUUAUUUAAGGAACAAAUUACUUCUGAGCAACAAAAUCAGAGCUUCCCAAGAAUUAUAUCAAACGUUACGAAUGACAAAAAUGAAGUUUGAAAGACUGUUAGUCUAACACGUUUUCAGAAACCCACAAUUUGAAUCCGUCAUAAUCUUCUUCAAGUUUGUCCAUCCGUACCUACUUUUGUAUUUGCUGUGUUAUUAAUACCUCCUUUUAAUGUUUUUGAAGGAUUAUUUUUAUGUUUUACUCAAUCUGCUGGCAGUUCCUACUGUCAGAAUUUUGAUAAAAUUCGUGACACAGCUCCUUUAACUGGAAUAGAAAAAGCACUUCAAAACAAGCUAUAAUAGCAGUACUGAUCAAAAUGCAUUUAAGCCUGGUUUUUAUCUGUCGGGGAAAUCCCAGACGAUCGCGGAUUUUACUGUUUCCCGAUUGUUUCAGAUUUUGCCGACUAAUGAAAACUCGAAAUCGUAGAUAUCCCAGAUCGUUUAGGAUGGACGGGGACAAAUCUGGAGAAUCGGGAGCUUUUUUAUUUUCCCGACGCGUCCCAGUUUUAUGCGAUGGUCGGCGAUCAUUCCCGUCAAAUGAAAACUCAAAUUUGUACCGUCGGGGACGUCGGCGAUGGAUUUCGCUCAUUAGAGAGUUUUAGAUCCGAGUUUACAACGAACCUCUAACCGCUGGAGGUCACGUGACAAGUCUUUCGCGUCACGUUUGAGGUUUACGACGUGCGUUUUAAACGUGGGGAGGUAGGUUUUCACGUAGGUCAUUUACCUGAAAGCUUUUAGCGUAUAAUUCUUGUUUUAUCUCACGUAAUGAUACAAAAAUCGUGUGGAGCAAGUCUUCAUCCAUUAACAGAGGCACAAAUUCGGGCGAAAUGCUAAAUUUGAUAAAUCCUAUUGGAUCUUGAAAACAAGUGCCAUUCAUGGCUGCUGAUUCAAAAUGACGGCCGUAAAUUUGCAAGAAGAACUAAUGUAAGAAUUUACAGUUCGUUGCUGCUAGAUAACCCAGUGUUACCGUAAAUUUCUUUUAUUUUCACUGAUUGAUAUUUCUUGUAUUUCUAAAUGGAAAAAUAAACCAGAAUCCACUUGUUUAAUCCACUGCCAAUCUAAAUCGAAUUAUGUUUGAACGGUGAACCGCAAACCGCGGUUAGAGGUUCGCGGUAAACUCCGAUCUAAAACUCUCUAUUACCAAUCCUACCAAUCCCCUAAAUUGCUGGGCUUCAGUUCCCCUAUCACGCAAGUUUCAAUUUUUGGCCCACUUUCCAUUUCCGGCCAAAUUCAUUGUGAGAAUCGAGAGACAGAAUUAUGGCGAAUAUCUGAACGGCUACGUGACGAGCUUCGAGAGUUCGAGAGUUCGAGUUCGAGCUUCGAGACGCGACGAUCGAGUCUCGAGUUUCGAGCUUCGAGAGUCAACUUACUUUUGAGCGGUACUGUAUCUGGGACGGUCGGCAAAAUGUAAUAUCCCCGAUCGUCUGGGAUUUUCCCGACAUAUGAAAACCAGGUUUUCUAGUAUACCACCACCACAUUGAGACCGUAUGGAUGGCUAAGAACGUUUGCUGCUCCCUUGGCGGGGGCGGUACUCCCCUAUAAAAGUGACGGGGGUGCUCGUCGGAAAAUUUCGAGAACAUCCCUAAAAGGCCGUACCAGAAUCUUGUUUUAAGGGCGUGUCCCAAAUUCAUCUCCACCCCGAAGAGGUACUAAUUCAACAACAACAAAUAAUAUAAUUGGUACUGCAAAUUUUAAUAGUAAUAAAGAUAGCUUUCGAAAACUUUCUUAUCAAGGCUUUUUUGAAAGUAUUGUGAUAAAUCUUCUCCUUAUAAAGCAUAUCAACUCUGGCAGCAGUCAUUUUAGGUUUUAGCACCCUAAGCGGUACCAGUCCACAAACUUAAACCCCUAAAAGGUACGACGAGCACCCCCAUCUCUUUUAUAGGGGAGUACCCCCCCCCCCCGGGUUGCUGCUCUGGUUAUUUGGAAAGCUGUAAUCAAGAGUAACUAUUUCUGUUAAUACCUUUACAGUUCCCAUCGACUCUACAAAAGGAAUCAAGAUGCUGUACGUAUUUGUGGAUAUCAAACUGGACGCUACACACUUUGUUGAUACUGUCAGGCAUAAUUUUGAAGUUGGUUCUUCUCUGGCGUUAGUGAGCACGAUUCAAUUUGUGGCAACUCUUCAAGUAUGUAAAUGUUUUAUACGUAUCUACAAUGUGAAAUUUUUCUGAUGGACUGUAGUUAUCAGUCCUCCAUUGUUCGUUUCUCUCUUGGCCUGUACUGCAUGCAAGAGAGAUUGAUUCAGGCGCUAGGCAAUGGCACACUACGAGAAGCUCGCCCUCGUUUCUCGCAGCUUGCAGCUUUCUCGCUCGCUACGCGCGUGUUGCGCUUGCUACCCGCCAUUAACUUUGAAGAAAAAUAUUACACUACACUUAUCUUAGUGUCAGCAGUGUCAGCUCGUGUACUGACUCUUUUAUUUGUACGCUCUUCAUUCUCUCAUCUCCUUCUCGCUCACGUAUUUUUAAUAAACAAGAAGAUCAGGAAAGCUUUUAAGCUCUUAAGGUGGAUAGCUUGGAUGAAAAAAUCGGAGCUGUCCAACUUGAAACCACUGAAGCCCUUUUCUAUUAACCCAUUCCGCGUCAAAAAGCAAACACAUUCGCCGCGAGAUUAUUGUUAUAGUGGUAACUCUUCAGUUAAUUGCCGGCCGCAUUACGUAACAAAUUUACACAUGUAGUCAGUGUCAAAGAGUACUGCUGUUGAGUCUCUUUUUUGUGGUGGUUGUUAGAUUUGCUGUUUUAAGUGAGAAAAUCAAAUUUUUGUUAAGAAGAAAAGGGUAGUUUUUGCGAAGGAAACUGAAACUCAUUUAUUUUGUUGCUGUUAUUUGGAACUUCAAGGCCUUUGACAGCGUCAUUUUCUUUCGCAGACCUUUCGUGUUAGGUAAAAAAAAUUAGGUAUUUUUUUUAAUCGUUAGGUCAGUGAUUAGAUUUCUCUUCCGUAUAAAUAUGUUAUCUGUGAAUUUAGCCUUAAUUCUUUCAAAGUCUCCCUUUUGAGAUACUUGUGCUCAAAUGCCAAUUCUGCGUGAGUCUUAGCAAAAUGCGGCGUCAGUCGAUCAAGCUAAAUUUCAGGUUAUGUUAGCUCAUUGGCCAUUCUUCCAUGUGGGAAAAUAAAUACCACCGAAAAUGUCCAGUGAAUCUGCCUCCCAGCUGCCCAAGAUGUUUUGCCAUACUUACUGUUGACAAGAAAUAAGAACAGUAAACUUACCGCAAAAUAUUUGCUCGUCUCAUUGUAAAUCACCUACACAACGUGACAUUCUUUAACAGUGCUCCAUGGGAACUUAUCCUUUUUUAAUUCUAAGUAACUUUUUGACCAUCUUUUAAGCACAUAACUUGGACGAGAAAGUUAUUUUCUUGUAAUCUUUGAGGAAAUCUUUACCUGAUAAGGCGAGAACUUAAUGCACAGUGCUCCUCUGAUCGUUUUUUGAGAGUUUAUUGUAGGAAACGGUUUUACUAACAUUUCAAUGGAACACUGUUUGAAAUCCAAAUGGAAGAUGUUUAUUUCACAAUUUAUAGCGCAUUUUCUAUAGAAUAAACUGUUGCUUGUCUUUUGAGGAAAUUAACAAAUCGACCAAGGAAAAUCUUGGUAGAGGUGUGCCGCCGAGGCCUUCAAACCCCGACCCUGUCUAAGACAAAGAUUGCUCAUUUCGCUACCCUGUUUAAGACAGGAGACACUACUUUCUUACUCUGAUUUGUUUUAUUUUGCAUACAGAAUUAAGUACUUUUUCACACUAAAAUCGUGGAAAUAGAUAUUUAUGAAAAAAUAUUGGUAUUGCAAAUUUCACACUCUUUGAAAGGCCUCCAGUCCAAAAAGACACCCUGUUCAAGACACUGGUAAAAUUGUAUACCCAGUUUAAGACUCAAGACCUUGAAAGCCAUACCUUUUCCAGCGGCACAUACCCGUAUAGGCCGAAUAAGGGAGUGCCCCCCGGGAAAACAAGGUUUCACAAUGGACUUUAUUCGAUGAAAUUGCAUCCCAAGACGUAACUUUUGGUAGCAAGCUUUUUCAAGUUUACAAUAAGUAUUCGAUUCAUGCAUUCUAAGACGCAAUGAUUGGAUUGAUUCGCUAAUGGCUACUAUGAGACGUCUGAGACCAGAUUGCAUCGCCCUGUUUUAGAAUUCGUUUGAGGAUAUGGCGUUCCAUUUGAAUUUAAAGGGCCUUGUCCUGUAACAUAUUUCUAACAAUAUGAAAGAAACGUAUUCAACAAGCCGUUUUUAAGCAAAGUCUGCGAGGGGGAUUUUGGUACAGCUCAGGGCGGAUAUCUUUAAGCCAAUUUUGCCGCUAAAUUGCAAACGUGGGAGGAAUCUUCGAAUCUUCAUCUUCUUCGAUUUUCGUAUGACCUUGAAAAAUGGUUUCGGUAAGUGUUCGUUAUUUGUUUCAUCACCCAAUGGAUGAAAGAUUUUAAAACAUGGCCUCUUCGUUUUCCCGCCAAAGAAACCCUAAUAUGGAGAAGGCAUUGUUCGAUUGGCCAGUCAUGUUGCAGUAUGACGUCAAAGUUAAGUAUCGGUUGAUUUCUAGAAAGUUCUUCGGGCAUGAAAAGCGUUUGCUCAACCAAACAAAAGCCACCCACGUUUGUAUCCGUUCGAUAAACCAAUCAAAUCGCUCUAUUCCUGUUCGUUUGUUGUUCCUGGUUUGUUCGUGCGUUUUCACGUGAAGGUUUUACGUAAAUCGCUCUAUCCGUACCAAAAAGACGAUGUUUGUCUCAGCACCCAGUUGUUCCAAAACUCCCUGGAAAUUUCUCUGCCAAAAAAGGUGGAGAAAAUUUAUUUGUGGAAAACUCAACCUUUGCUUUGAUUAAGAGCUACUCUGAAACGUUCGCUCUGUCCUCUCACUGCCGGGCUUCGAUUGACUCUGGACUCACGCUUUCGUUUCUUUUCACACUGAUUUCCCGGUAGCUUAAUGGCUAAAGCUGUGGCUUCGACUGAUAUUUUUCUUCUCGAAUUUGCCGUUUGCAUCGAAAAUCCUUAUCUUCUACUAGUACAUUUACCUGCUUGAAUAAGACUAAAAAAGGCUGCACUACAAGUAGCCAAUGAACCCUCUCUUGUUUUAUAAUACCAUGUAUACUGUGAAUACUGUGAUUUUACACGUACUUUACAUUUUAACUGAAAAAGUGCCACUUGACAUGGUAUAGUCAUAAGUAGAUGUACUACAGAUGCAGAUGGCGAAACCAAGAAAGGACCUCUAAUCCAUUCCAAGUUGAGUGUAGGCUCUGUGAAUCCAGAACUAGUAACUAUUCAUCCGAACAUGCUAAAAAUCCAAUACUUUGGUCCUGUUUGUAGAGACCAAAAUUAAAAAGUACCAAAUAGUAACAUGUGGAAGAGAUUUUGGAAAAGCAAUCCUCCUAACCAAAAGGUUUUGGGACACCUCCUCUAAUCUUUUUCACAUGUAUGGAAUUUGUAGCUAACCCGUAUAAACACGGCUUUAACACGAUUUUUCACCCCCCUUCCUUUCCUGAACAAAGUUGAGGUCCUUAACAUGUGGAAGAAAUGUAAGAGGUGUUUGACUUUUCCCCCCGGCACUGUCCGGGUAGGGGUCAACUUGAACUGCAUACAUUUUCCUCACCUGAAAUACAAAGUGUCUCAAACGUUUUGACGAGGAUUGUACUUUUCUACACGGCUUGAGCGGUUGUCAUAAAACUUCGUUCCGCGCUCGUAAUCCGGAUAUAGUUUUUGACCUGAGACGAUACUAGUGUGUUGAAAAUGAUAGAGAAAACCACAUCCAGUCAUCAAGGAAGCAGAGUUUCUGGCCUUUUAAUGAAAAAAUUUAUUUCAUCUUAUUUUUACAAAUCCCUUAUUUAACCGCUUUUUAAAACCAAUUAAAGUUUUCUAGCUGCAUUUUAAGGCCGCUUGAAGGCUGUUUCUGCGUAUUACGGCUCUUAUUGGACUAAAAUAUAUCCCAUCGCUUUGAUGUGCUGCCCGCCAUUAUCUCCUUCGAGAGCUUCGUUGCCACACGUGUUGGAGUUAUCAUGGUGCCCUGCUUUUCCAAACCCGAUCCUGGAGUCACAGCUGCUACAAUCAUUCUCGUUGUUGCCAACGAUACCAAUUCUCGCUCUGCUACCACUACCACACAGUGUGUUGAAUCCUUCCUUGUUACAGUUGGGUUGUAAAGAGGCCCGAGACCCAAUGAGCUUCUUCCAAGUGUUACGGCCCAGUGAAGAAGCUCGGUAUUUGCCAUCUGCGAUCAGUGAAUACAGUGAUCUGGCUGGAUGAUUGAUGACAACAGACUUGAACUGCCGACCGAUCUUCAUUCCAAGACAGAUCUUGUUAAACGGUGUGUUCCAAUAUGUCGGUAACUUGGUCUCGUGAGUGUCCAACCCAGUCUUCCCUCCUGGAAGAUUGAAGUCGAAUUUGUUGCUCCAGAGGUUGGAAUUGUAGUGAAAGGUUCUCUGAGUGCGUUUAAAACAAAGGUUAGUUAAUCAUUUUGCUGGCGUCUCUGUUUGGGCAAUUAUGGUUUGAAAGCCAUGUGUCAUCGCCAAGUCUAUUACUGCUGUCAUUUCUUUUCUCAUGCUUUGUCGUAAUCUGAAUGUAUCAUUUCGUCACUAGCUUUCAACAUAUAAGCCCUGGACUUCUUGAAUUUCGUCUAGCAUCAUAAGUUCACCUUUUUAGGGGGAUUAAGCUUUUUUCGGACCGACAUAGUUACUAACUUUUGGAAACAUAUAUCUUAUACCUUUGAGCCAUCGAUCUUCAUGACCAGCGUCCAUCCACCUCCUCCGCAUGCGUCAAGUCCAUGCGUGGUCAUGUGACAAUAUACGGGAACCUUUAUAGACCCAACAUCCAGCAAGUAUGCUGUGUUUCCUUUGGACCUGGUCAAGCAUGCCACCAAAUUGGUUAAGUUAAUUUAGAACUACAUAGUUUGUCUUCUUUAAUUUGUACGGACGAAUUUUAAUGUGGAUUAUGUGUGGUUUUGAAUGUAAUGUUUUCGUUCCAGCCCGAAUCGUCGCAGCUGUAGACUGACUUUAAUGUCCACCUGAACAAACAUGCGACGCUAUGAUUCACGAAAUCACAGAAUGUUUGCAAUGUUUAUAUCAAAUUUCAGUGCCAAAAGGCUGAGAAUGCUCGAUAUGUAAUAUAUAGAUUUAGCCAGGGCUAAAAGCGAAGCUCUCAUUAAUAAGGUUAUACAUGUAAUUUAAUCCGCAAACAAUAAACUUGUAAUCCACAAAUCAGUUAACUUUAUUACACAUUCAUUAGACUUUUGAGGGAAAGGCUAAGAGUGAUUUAAGAUAAAAAUAAUUUGCAACAGUUCAAGAGUGAAAAAAAAUCUUACAUAGCGUUGAAUUAAUAAUCAGGUAGUCUUAUAUGUGCACCCCAAAAAAUAGUAUCCUUUUUCACAACACUCAAUUACUCGCGCUCAUUGUUAUUAAGAUAUGGGAAAAUUGAUCGAGCGCCCUUGAGGAGGUGGAAACUGUAAUCGAUUCCCGAUCCAAACACGAAUUUUCAGCAAAGAAAGGGCUGGGGAGGGUGGACCGUUCCACCUUCCUCCUUGGCGCUGAUCAGAGACUGAGCGGAGAGGGAGUGUUCAACAGCAUUUAUUAUUGCCCCUUGGGAUUCAGGGCCCCGUGCACCUGCAUACCCUUGUGCAUGAGACUUGUUAUUUUAAUGUUUUGGCUUCGCGCUUCGAUUUUGAGUAUUGUGAAUAGCAAUUAUCUUCGCUCACAUUAAACGUAAUGGCUCUUGAUCACAGUAGAUUAGGCCUGGAAAACACAUUCUUGGAAAACAAAAUCAGGCCGAAUUUUUUGCGUUCAACAAGUUUAUUUUACAAAAUCUUGCCAACAAAUCUAGUGGCGUGUAAACCAGCCUCUUAUACUUUUUAUACAUCACAUCUGAGGUAAACAGUACUAUGAGGCGCUGUUUUUGUCAUGCAGACCUCGGGAAUGCACAACAAAUUAUAGAAUUGACCACAUAAAAUGUUUCAAUGAAGAGAAUUCCAUAAUGUCUGGCCUGAGCAAUCUGCUCCUAUGUGGUAUACAGGGUAAUAAGGGGCUCUUAGCGCCAAAUUUCAAUGAACCUUAAGAGAGUGACGCUUCAACAUAAUACUAGAAUUCAUUAUGUUUAUUUUUCAUUAAGCGUUAUAAGCGUUUGAUACUCCUUGCUUUAUUAGCUUAAGUACUCCUGCAAGCGAUGUUUUUAUAAUGUAAGACUGAAAACAACCGUCACUUCGAUUAAAAUUGCAACACAGGCAGCCCAGACGUAGUAUGUGUCACUGAAUGAAUAUAUUAAUAUUCACAUGGACAAAUUAAUGCGAUGAGUCGUCGAAACUCCCAUGGACUAAAAUAGUCUAAAAGUCAAAAUAUAACAAAACAAAGCUUAGAUACCUUCAACUGAACGUAUCCUUGUCUUUCCUGGCCGGUUUAAGUGGUAUUUUGUUGAGUUUUGCAAUUUGUAGGUACUAUCCACUAAAGAAGAAUUAAAGGCUGGCUACAAAACAAACAGACCAUCUCCACGCGCCUUCACACGAAGCGCUAUAAAUUCGAGAAUAAUCGACGAAUCCGCUCCAAAUAACCAUCGGCUAAUCUGCAGGUAACGUGUGCUCCUGCUUCUGGCGCGCUUGCUCCACAAAACCCAUCGCAACUGCACCAUAAUUGCUCGCUCAUCAACAACCACUGCUGACCUUUACGCUUCGAUAUGACCGCAAACGACCAGGUUUAAUACGCGACGUGAAUAUUCAAGCUUAGCGACCGCGUUCGCACAACAAUGCAGCACUUGCUAUGGGAGGGAUGGUACCAUUGCUUCUAGGUCAAUCAAUCGGUAAAAUAAUAUUGAAGCCCUUGUAAUUUUAAAAAGAGCCAAUUUGCCCUAGGAACACCGAACAGAUACGAAUCUUAUAGCGGAGCUAAAAAAAAUGAGCGGCAGUGGAAAAAGUGAACAAAAACAUGUACCACAUUUUCUCCAUAAAAAGUGAAAACCAGGAAGUUUUCUGGACGUUUCACGUUGCAGUCAUGCAAAUCAACGGCAAGGAAAUGUACAAGAAAGUGUGCUACAAUUAGACCUAUUGUUGUUUUUCACAGUUCUGGUCAAGGGCAUCCAACUUUUAAUUUUUCACAUUUCACUCAACGGGUUAGGCUAUUUUUCGUAGAGAGUAAAAUGAAAUCCUAAAAUUUUCGGAUUAAAAAUUGUGAUGAAAGAAAGUAUCUGAAAAAUUAUCUCCUUCGUAAUACGUUAAAUUGCAUCUAAAAUUUUCGGGAAAAUAAUUCUGAAUUCCUCGUAAUUUCGAAAAGACUCAAGUUCCUCUAGAAUGGCCGAACACUGAGAUGCGAAUUUUAUAGCGCCACUUAGAAUGCAUUUCUAUAGAGCUAAAAGUACUUUAUGAAUAGCUACAAAAGUGUUUUCAAUUAAAAGUAUUUGAGGAAACAGUCGUUGGGUGGCCCUGUCUCGUUGCCUUCUCCGCUUAGCAUGACACGAUAUAUUUUAUAUUUAGUAUGAGCAAACUAUAAAUCAUUAGCUUCGCUUUUAGCCCUCCUGACUAAAUUUAUGUAAGCGCUGUUUAGAAUGCAUUUUUCGAUCAAAAGUACUCUGGACAGCCUUAAAUGUGUUUUCAAUGCAUUUAGGGGGAAAUCAUCGUUGGGUGCCCCUGAGUUUUGAGAAUAAUAAUAAUAAUAAUAAUAAUAAAAGAUAUCGCGCACAUAAAUUUUACUUUACGAUAUCUUCAGCUGUAUCUUCUAUUCAGCUGCAUAGCGGGGGCCAGAUUUUGCCUUUUUCCUGGGCGGAAAAUUCUCGUCCUCCUUCACCAGUUUGGACAACAUAUUAUGGAGAAGGACGUUGUUAAUCUAAGCAAAUAAGUCUGGUAGAGUCAAGAACCUUUGCAAGCGGCUGGACGAACAAUGUGACAGCAGCUCAGACAGCGAACGUUAAAAGAAUUCGAACUUGAAAACCAGGGCUGCCCUGUUGAAAACUUACGGACGGUCCCGCGAUCGCCUUUUGUUUUCUGGUAAAAACUAACGCAGCGAACCUUCGGUCAGUCGAUUGACCUAGAAGCAAUAGUACCAUCCCUCCCAUAGCAAGUGCUGCAUUGUUGCGCGAACGCGGUCGCUAAGCUUAAAUAUUCACGUCGCGUAUUAAACCUGGUCGUUUGCGGUCAUAUCGAAGCGUAAAGGUCAACAGUGGUUGUUGAUGAGCGAGCAAUUAUGGUGCAGUUGCGAUGGGUUUUGUGGAGCAAGCGCGCCAGAAGCAGGAGCACACGUUACCUGCAGAUUAGCCGAUGGUUAUUUGGAGCGGAUUCGUCGAUUAUUCUCGAAUUUAUAGCGCUUCGUGUGAAGGCGCGUGGAGAUGGUCUGUUUGUUUUGUAGCCAGCCUUUAAUUCUUCUUUAGUGGAUAGUACCUACAAUUGCAAAACUCAACAAAAUGCCACUUAAACCGGCCAGGAAAGACAAGGAUACGUUCAGUUGAUGGUAUCUUAGCUUUGUUUUGUUAUAUUUUGACUUUUGGACUAUUUUAGUCCAUGGGAGUUUCGACGACUCAUCGCAUUAAUUUGUCCAUGUGAAUAUUAAUAUAUUCAUUCAGUGACACAUACUACGUCUGGGCCGCCUGUGAUUGCAAGAGAGACUUCUAACAUAUAAAUAUAAUUCUAAAUAUAAUUCGGUGAAACAUUUACAGAGACAACAAUUUUCAUUCACGAAGACAAGUAUUGAGACUAAAGUGUCUCCAAAAAUCCUGAGUCAUGUAAGCAUAUAGGGUUAAAACGGUAAAAACCCAAGUCCGCCUGUGUUAGUUGCGUUUUAAGCCGACUUCCCCGUGUUUGCUAUUUUUCAAGAUGAACUCGAGGCAAGAAAACCAUUCAAAGCUUUCUUUUUAGAGACAAAAUUAUAGCUAGAUAUUCUUCGGAACGCUUUCUUUCCAUUUGCGGUUUAAUAGAAGAUAUCUAAAGGCUUUUUAAAGUUCUGUAACUAAAGAUUUUAUCAAACCUGAUCCUAGGUGAGAUUAUUGUCUCAAAUCUUACAAACGUGCAAAAACUAACCGCAUAAACAACGCUCGACUUUACAGUCUAAAAUCGGAAAAGAAACAAGCAAACAUCAAAUACAAUAAUUACUCAGGCUUACCAGUCGAGAUGCAGCUGCUAAAAGCCAUCAUCGCUUGAGACUUUUCAACCCUCUUACUUAUCAAGCAAGGUGAAAAACGAAAACGACGCCAUGUGAAAUCGGAUUUCCAAUCUUGGACAAGCGGCGCAUUUCUCAACCAAAAACCCAAUAAACAAACGAGCCAUGAAUAACAAAAGAAUCUUGGUGGCAGUUGUAUUUCAUUUUGUACAUCCAGUGGAAAAAGGUGGUUAAAAACAUCACAAGAUGACGACACAAAACUUUGUCAGCUUCAGCUAUCAAAGUAAACAAGUUUUCAGAUGCUGCAUAAACUCUCCGCAUGAACUCACCUGUCAAAUUUUGACCAAUCAGAACAUAAAAAUUGGACGUAGAGCGUGACCAACGCGUGUCCAUGGCGAGAAAAGUCAAAAGCAACUGCCUUCCUUGUUUUGCCCGUAAUAGCUGGCUGAAUUUUCGCGUCCGAGGUCAGAUUGAAAUCAAAAUUUUAAUAGUGCGGCUCAACUCAUUUCUUAUGCAUUUAAAAAAAUGAACUUGAGCCUGCGAUCAUUUGAAAACUAGUAAAUUGUCAGCGGAUAACAAAAAAUACUCGAUGGGUCGAUACUUGAGCCCGCGGUACGGUCAGGUGAUACUAGUCAGCGGAUACCCUGUUUUCCCAGCUCGAUUGAUCGUAACAAUAUCAGGUUGCAUCUGGGCUAGAAAGUGUGAGAUUAAACAUUGGUUACCCCGUGAUGCGGACGGACGGUCGGUCGUUCGUUCGUUCUGUGUACGGUCACGUGAUUACCAAAUUUUCUGGGACGGGUAGACAUACUUACCCCUGGUGCUCCGGUGGCGCGCGCUUCCCACGCGCGACAGCUCCGCUAUAACCCUACGUCUAGCGACUUAGGGAAAGAAUUGUGUUCUUUGGAAUUCAACCAUUUCGUAGUUUUGGUAACUCCCGUUGUGUGCCGGGAGUUAGGUUACCGGGUUCUUUUGUUGGAAUUAACACAAUUCAUUUGUUUGUAGAGUCUUAUAAUGUAUCGAAAAGUAAAGUUCGUUUCUAUCUCAAAAAGAGGAGUUUUUUUCUUUUUUCAAAAAGAGCAGUUAGUUAGGAUGUAGAGGGGACCGAGUUUUGAAGAGCUGACAUUUCAAACUUGACAUUCCGUCCGUCGCAAACAUUUCACACAGAAGAGGUAGACUUUCUUCUUUGCACAUGCUAUAAAGUGCCCUUUACAAUCUUUUGAAACGGCUGUUAUUUUAUCUUUCGGGAGAUUCUGUAUCGCUUGUACUUACCAGUCAUUGUCAUAAUGGUCUUUGCACGUUGAAGCUGUAAGAAAUUAGACAAUGAUAUUACCUGUUUUACAAAAACUGAUUUUUUUUUAAGCAAGGAGAAUGUUGGCUUAGUCUAAAGCAGGGCGGUGAAACGAGCGCACCCGAGCAAAAAGGUGUGAUGCAGUGGACUGGGACCCUGCUUAGAAAUGUCGCUUGUUUUCGACUUCGGUCAGGGCUUGCGAUGUGGUUUGUCCAUUAGACACUGCCGCUGUCAUUGAAUUAUGGCGGCUUGAUUUGUUUUCUUGCACUUCUUCCUCGCUCCUUUGUGCUGGUACGCUGUCUCCGAGAGGCAAAUGUGUCUAUUUUUUGCGGGAGGUUUAGCUGGAGUAGACAAACAUGUCUUUCAAAGGGUUUCUCUUAUUCAGUCUUAUUACUUCCAUGACUCUACCACCAAAUUAUAUUUUCGUUCUACUACUCGCCAAUGUCGAUGUUAUUCCAAAACAAAAACAACUAAGUACUGUCAAAAAAAGGAAAAUCUCAUCCAUGGCAAAACUAAAAGACAGCAGAUCGCGUUUCAUAACUAGAUGACGUGUAUUUUAUAAAUGAGUGCAGCUCGUGCAAGUAAUUUCAAUCACCAUCAUCCUUCUUUUUAAUUUUGAAAAAAACAUCUUAUACGUCUUUCUGUUUCUUCGAAACUUCAAAAUUAGUUUCCCCUCAGUUUUUACUGUUUACCUUGUUUUGUUUUAGAGAGAAAAUCGGAGAAAAAACCUUAGCACUAACCUCAAUAAAUUUUUUUUACAUGUGGUUGCCGGAUUUGCGACGCAUUGCGCGACUGCUAUGGCGCGUUGCACCCAAGAAGCAAAGUUUGAAGCAGUACAACGCUACUAUAUCAAAAUAUAUCAAUCUAAGUUUUUUUUUAUCCCGCUUUAACAUAUGUAAAAAUUGAGGUUAAGAAGUGUUAAGCUUUUGCAAACGAAACGGCGAAAGACGAUUAGGUGAUAUUUAGUGGAAGGAGGAGGUAUUCAGCACUUUCAAAUUAAACUCAAAUUUUGGCAUUAUACGACCAACAAGUUUGACUUAUAGGCAUACAGACACAAACAUAUGAAACUGUUUAUUGAUGUUUUUAUGAAACGAAUUUAUCUAUUUAACAUUGUGGCCUGAAAUUACAGAAAGAAUAUAGGAUUUCCGGUUUGCAAAAAGGAAAAUUUCGCCGGCCUUCAAGCGCACCGGAAGCGCGGAAAGAGCGCUCGUGCCAGUCCUACUCCGCAUCACACAUUAAAUGAAGAGCGGAGCGCUUGUUUUACCGCCCAACAUUUAUCCGCCCUGGUCUAAACGGCGUCGCAGCACUUUUCCAAGGGUCGACUGCAUUCGUGAUCAUGUGACCAUUUUGUACCAACUGCUGUACAAAUUAGUGAAAAGCCCAAUUGUCCAUUCUGAAAAACAGGAAAACGGGAUAACGUUUUCUUGGUCUCGGUGAUUGCUAUUAUCCCAUUGAAAAAUUGAUGGAUUAAACAUGACCUUGUUGUAGAAGAACCGCUUUAAAGUGAUGCCAAAUCAGAUAAAGAUACUAUAAAAAGAGUACAAAAACGUACUACACGUUAUUCACCGCAAACAACAGCCGAUUUCUUCUGAAGCUUUGGCGACCGAAAUGGCUGAAUUUUUUUAAUUGAAAUUUCUCUAUGUAAAUGAUACCCCAGGUCUCUCCUCUCUCGUAUCCUAGGGUAGUGGACGUCGCAGAAACGUGCCAAUAAGGUGUGAUGCACGUGUUCAUAAGACAAUUGCUUUUUGACGUUCUCGUUGCCGUCGUCGCCGUGGUUCAGUGCAUUGGAAAUAUAUACAUUUGGAGAUGAAGCCAUGGAAAUUAGAAAUAGUAGUUGAACACAUCUCACCUGGAAAAGCAGGGGGCUGUAGCAGUUUAAUUAGCUGGUCUAACUUUUCAUCAAGUUUUUUGAUAGCUUCGCUAGUUUCAACUCCCUGUCCAAUGUACUGGUUGCAUACAAUUGUUUCACCAUUUCUGUUAGCGCGAACUGGAGUCGAGCUGUUUGUAAUUUUAGCGCCAUUAGCCACAUCUACCAUUACAACCAAACAGAAAGCUGCGCUGAGCCAAAAUCGCAUCUUGAGAACCAGCUUUGUCGUGUGAAAACUGCACUAUUCCGUUAAGUUUCUUCAGCAGAAUAAUCCGUGCGGUAUAAGUUUGUGUGUUUAUACAUAGGACGUGUUUUAGCCGAAACGGAAAUUUUAAGUUUCAGUAAAAAAAUGCGGAUGUGUUAAUCUUGACUAUUCUUUUAUAUACAGAAGUCUGCUUGAAUACGCACGAACUUACAUCUUGUCAAUUUUAGACUCCUUAAGCCUGGAAGUCGUACGCACGUGUGAUAUUCAGGCCAGUUAAACCCUUUAUUUUAACGCCAGUCAUUAGGCUGCACAACAGGGGUGAUGAGGGUGGAGAGGGCGGGACAGUGACGUACGCGGAAGAGAAAACAGAUAGUUGCUUUUAUUUCCUCAGUUCCCCUCUCUCUCUUCGCGAUUUUCCUCCUCUCCCGCACUCCCCCUGUACCUGUCACUCAUGCUAUAACGUCCUAUCUUUGAGGCAAGGAGGAUUCGAUCAUAUAAGCACUGUUUGAAUUUUUAGUAUUUUUUUUCCAAUGAGUUCAACUCGCAAUUGUAAUCAAGGCUGUUGAUAUCCACCUACGAGAAUAGAUUUAAAAUCAGCUCAUGCUAUUAGACACCACCUCCAGAACCUCGUGAUUUUACGUUUUCUUACUGCUGGAGACGUUUUUGCCCAGUUUGUUUUUUUUUGUAAAAUUAUACUUUAGUGACUUCAAUUUGUAUUGGAAACAAGGAAGUUGAGGUCGUAAGUUCACCAUGCGAGUCAUGAAUUACGAAAACAGUCCAUGCUGUUAGACACCAUUCAAAACAACUUCAUAAAUCAUUUGCCGAGGUUUUGUCAAGAAAAAACGAGUAAUUUUUGGGUCGGCCAAAAUUUCUUGCCGCGAAGAAAACUGGAACUUGAUUUUGUAGUUGUUAUUUGGAACUUCAGCACUUUUGAUUGCGUCGUUUUCUGUCACGGAUGGUUUAUUUUAUGGUGGAUUGUUGGAAGCUGUCCAUGCCUAUUGUCAAUUACCUUUUCACGGUCAAGCCACAUUUUUACGAAAGUGAUAACCAUUCUCAUUAAUAUUGAUCAAGAUUGACUUUGUUAAAUCAGUUCUUUUUAUUUCAGCGCUAAUCCUUUAUUUGAUUGAAACCUCAUAUUACAAUAAUCAAAAGUAUCUUAGUUGCAUUUAGGGGUCGCCUCUGCCAUUUUUGAAGGCGGUUUAAAGGUAGUUUCUCUGCAAAUCACAGCACUUAUUGAACCAAGAUAUAUCCCAUCGUUUUGAUGUGCUGGUCGCCAUUAUCUCCACCGUGAGUAGCUUGGUUGCCACACGUGUUGCAGUCAUCAAAAAGCCCUCCAGUGCCAAACCCGAUUCUGGAGUCGCAACUGCUACAGACAUUUUGAUUGUUUGCGACGAUACCAAUUCUCGCUUUGGAGUGGUUGCUAUCGAUGCAUAGAACGUUGAAUCCUUCCUUGUUACAGUUGGGUUGUAACGAGGCCCGAGAGCCAAUGAGCUUCUUCCACGUGUUACGGCCUAGUGAAGUAGCUCGGUAUUUGCCGUCUGCUAUCAGUGAAUGCAGUGAUCUGGCUUGAUGGUUGAUGACAAGAGACUUGAACUGCUAACCGAUCUUCAUUCCAAGACAGAUCUUGUUAAACGGUGUGUUCCAAUAAGUCGGUAACUUGGUCUCGUGAGUGUCCAGCCCAGUCUUACCUCCUGGAAGAUUGAAGUCGACUUUGUCGCUCCACAAUUUAGAAUUGUAGUGAAAGGCUUUCUAGAAAAAAAAAAAUCAGUUAACUCAUUCAUAAAGAAUACUAUCACUUUGCUGUUUUAUCUGUUUGAGAAAUAUGAUACAGUCUCGCCUUGGUUUUCACUGGUCUUGUUGCGAAGUCCUCACAUAUUAUUCUCUUCAUAGCUUGUACUACUUAAGCUAAAACUUUUCAAACCUACACGUACUAGAUUCCUUUUCUUUCAUUUGACGUGGACUUGUGACUUACAUUGUAAGUUUACCUUUAUAUUGGGAAUGAGGUGAUGACAAACGUGGCAACUUGUGAAAACAUUUAACUUUUAAUACCUUUGUGCCAUCGAUUUUCAUGACCAGCGUCCAUCCACCUCCUCCGCAUGUAUCAAGCCCAUGGUUGGUCAUGUGACAGUAUACGGGAAUCUUUGCAGAUCCAACAUCAAGCAAAUACGCUUUAUUUUCACUGGACCUGUUAAAACAUGACUUUACUGAUUACUCCCAUCUUGUUUGUUUGUUUCUGUUAAAGUUAGGACGCCAUGGAAAAUCAGAAUUCUCGUAAAAGAAAUCUGUCUUAUCAGAUAAGCAAUGUUUGGUCGAAGUUGAAUAAUCUUAUAGAAAUAUCGUGUAGUGUUGUUAUUACUGACUUUGUCGAUAAGAAGGACUCUUCUUUACCGCCAUAUAUAUGAUAACUGUUCAAUCCACUUAAGUUAGUGAUUUAUAAACUAUCCUUCCAGCUUGAGUGUUUCGUAAAUUGUCUUUUGUAUUUUAGUUUAUUUGUAACCAUCUGGGCACCAAUUUUCACUUUUUAUUUUUUAAAAUACUGAAGAAUAUUCAGAAGCAAUUCUCUGUGUUUUUCGUUUGUGUCCUUAAAGGAGUCUUUUUUUAAAGAUCUAAUCUAAAUCAGUUCAAGGUUUAGUGUUUUAAGGGCUUUUAGCGCUGCAAUGUUUGCCUACAUCAAAUGAAACCCACAAAUGAUAAUUUUCCAUCGUAGUUACAUAAAUUUACCGAUACGAACUUUAUUCAGGAACCAAUUUGUUUUCCUGAAAGUUUUUGUUAUGACUGUUUGUAGACGUAUAUACUUACAAGUUCUUGGUAUAGAUUCCCUUGCACGUUGAAGCUGUGGGACCGAAAAUAAAAGGAUAUAAAGCGUGUUAUUUGUAAAAAGAAGACUUUCCACACCAUUCUGUAAGAAACACUUUGAGAUAUGAGAUAUUUUUUCAUGGUUUGUAUUCAGGUUUAUCACUCCUGAAGUCUCGAACUAUUUCAUAAUGAAUUCAUCACAAAAUGCUGUUCAAAGAAUUUCUUACCGGUAUUAGAAGACGGCCGUAGCAUUUCAAUUAUCUGAUCCAGUUUUUUGUCGAUUUUUUUGAUUGCUUGGUUUGUUUCAGAGUUAUGUCCGUUGUACUGGUUGCAGACAAAUGAUUUGCCAUCGGUACUUUUCGUUCCAUUCGUUGCGUUUGCCGUGAGCAACAGAGAAAAAGCUAAAAUGAACCAAAAUCUCAUCUUUCGAUUAAUGUUUGCUGUAUUGAAGCGUUUGUUAUCGAGUAAACUACAAUAUUCUGUAAUGUUCCUUGAACCGGAAUACUUGUACUCGGCAAUGCUGAGUCUCUUUUUUACCUUAGUCUUGACUCGUAUUGAAGACAAGAAAAUUUUCCAGUCGAAAUAUUAAUUAAUUAAUUACUUGGUUCAUCGUAUCCGUUUGAAAUGAUGGCGGUGAAGUCUCACCUAUAAGCGCUGGCAGUUUGAACGCUAAAUUUGUAGUAAUGUUCAUGAAAAGCUCUUAAAUUCUAUGGGAGUAACUUGUAAGAAUAGACGAAAAUUGUGGUUGAAGGCAGACGGCUGUUUAUAGCCGUGCCUCAGUUCCUUUACGUAUUAAGACAAAGCAGAAAAUUCAUAGAAUGAUAAAUGACUUAAUUAAAGCAUUGGAAGUCGUGAAUUAGUUUGAAAUUAUCCCUUCCUUUAGGCAAGUUGUCUUUAACUUCGUUAUGUUUUUUGUUGUAAUUGAGAGUUUCUCGAAUGAAUUUAUGGCUUGCUAUUUAAUCACUACAUGGAUGGCUGGCUAAGGAUACAUCAGACAUUUGCGUGCGGGAGCGAAGGAGGGAGGGAAGGGUAAGGAGAAACUCUUAUUUUCCCUCAAACCCCGGUCUCCCCGAGAGCUUGCUCUCGUCACCUCUGGAGCCAGGGUAACUAAGAAAGUGAUCGAUUCAAUGGUGCGUAACUCUCUUUGGGAAUGACAGGUCUUUUUCGUACGUUUUUAAUGGUUUUUAACAAAGCGUGAAUAGAUUUGCAAAGAAAUAUUUUCUCCUGUAAUUGGUUUAUGUGGAGGAAAGAGAUAGCCUAUGUUGCGACUAAGUAACCUAUAGAGGUUGUGCUUCUUACUUAUCCAUUUAAUUUAAUUUUUUUUUCUGACUCGAUCAGUGCAGUUGUCAUGCAGUUGUUUUGCUGAUAAUGGAAAUUUACCAUUUUCACAUUACCCAUAAUACACCUUGCUGUACGCCCUCAAAGUUUGCAUAAAGCAUUGUCCUCUACUUCCCUUGGGACGACUGUUAUACCCAGGGAGAAUUAGAAACAACGGCUAAUAUGCAAAACUUUGUAGACUGAAGGGUGUUUAAUGGGCAAUAUAAAAAUGGUCAAUGUGAACAGUUUGGACUAUACGUACGGAUUUAGAAAUUUAAUUUGGCACUUUUACUCGCAGUUAUGAAAAGAAUAGCUUCCCGAGGCUAUCACAGUGAAUUCGUUUAUUAUUUGCUGUUGACGUGUUGGGCGUUUUUCCACUUAAAAACUUUGUCCGUGCCGCCUUUUGAACUAUGAAAAGAAAACCAAAAAACCAACAGCAAGUAAUAACACUACGUUUGAUAGCAAUUGCGCUCAAGCAUGAUUUAUUUGUAGUCUUUUCAUGAAAGACAGUAAGCAUGAAAACUUGUGUGGGACUAUUUUUAAUGGUCUGCCCAAAGAGGCAUGUUCUUUGUAAAAUUCAAUGUGUAAAAACUGCAUUCAUGAAUCAGUGUUUUUAGUAUACAGCAACUUUUGAGAUCAGAAGUUGACUAAGCUGAAGGAAUGUUAAUUUUUGCCAUUGUUGCCUUUUUGCGAUUGUGACUGAGCUUAAACUCGCGCUAAGCAUUUUUUGCCCGAAUAACAAUGUGAUUAUUCCCAGUGUAGACAUCCAGGUCCCCAUGAACAGCUGCUGCUGCUGAUUCGCCUCAUGUCCAACGAGUUUAACAUUAGAGGGAUUUAGAGUUUACGACCGCAAACGGCAAACGUCAGAUUCAAGUUGAUAAAUUCUUAAAAUAGGGGAUAAACAGAUUUAAACACCUUAAAACAAUUGGCGUGAAUUGGCUGUUUUUUAUUUUAGUAAUUAUAAUGAAUAGUAAACGAAAAGGAUAGGAGAAACUGCUCACAUGGUGCAAAUGCAUGUUUUUACUUUUACAACGUGUUUCGACCAUUUUACGUUUUUAGAACUAGACAUUGUAAACUAAGGUUAUUCAGGAAUACGAACAUGAAAGUCAUGUUUAAAAAUUUUUUGUGGGUAUAUUUUGUUGAGGAGCGCAAAACUGUUAGUCAUACCACUGCUCAAGGAAGCUAAUGGUGUUUCCUUGACGAUAGUGUAAGUGAUAAGAAGGAAAAGGUAUAGUGACGUCGCUCAGUUGCGUUUGCAACAACGGAAUAAUUCAAACAAAAAAUAGUCUCUGAGCGGACGUCCUUCUUUCUUCAGAGCCACGCGCGGCAAGCGAAAAAGUGACAUUAUGCAAAUCAUGUUAAAAUGUAUGAGAAAUUGGGGAAGAACUUGGGCGGGGACAGUCCUUUUCCCUCUUGGCAUGGGCUUCCGCCUUCGUUCCUCGCUGCUUCACCGCUUACCACUCCUCUCGAUCUUUUGUGACUCCAAAAAUAAUAAUAACAAUAAUAAUAAGAGACUGCUCCCAGUCUAACAAAAAUUUAUGCACGCAAGUUUUUCUGACCUGAGACGAUGCUUGUUUACUCAAAGUGAUACAAAGACUGAAAAGACUGAAGCAUAUCAAAGAGAGACACUUUCUGGCCUUUUCAAUGCAGGAUUUUAUUUCACCUCUUUCUUACAAAUCCCUUAUCCUAGAUUCACAUUUUAACCGCUUUUUAACAAGAAUCAACAGUUUCUUCAUUUUAAGGCCUUUCGAAGGUUUGUUCUGCGUUCUGCCGAACCUAUUGGACCAAGAUGUAUCCCAUCGCUUUAAUGUGCUGGCCGCCAUUAUCUCCCCCGGCAGCUUCGUUGCCACACGUGUUAGAGUCAUCUUGGAACCCUCCAGUGCCAAACCCGAUCCUGGAGUCACAGCUGUUACAAUCAUUUUCGUUGUUUCCAAUUAUACCAAUUCUUGCUUUGGAGGCGUUGCUAUCGGUACAAAUUGCGUUGAAUCCUUCCUUGUUACAGUUGGUCUGUAAAGAGGCCCGAGACCCAAAAAGCUUCUUCCAUGUGUUACGGCCCAGUGAAGUAGCUCGGUAUUUGCCAUCUGCGAUCAGUGAAUACAGGGAUCUGGCUUGAUGGUUGAUGAGAACAGACUUGAACUGCUGACCGAUCUUCAUUCCAAGACAGAUCUUGUUAAACGGUGUGUUCCAAUAAGUCGGUAACUUGGUCUCGUGAGUAUCCAACCCAGUCUUCCCUCCUGGAAGGUUGAAGUCGACUUUGUUGCUCCAUAGUUUAGAAUUGUAGUGGAAGGUUUUCUGGGUGCAUUUGGAAAAGAAAAAGAAAUACCAUUUACAUAAAGUGCUACCGCUUUGCUCUUUUAUCCAUUCGACAAAUAUGGUACAGUCACAUCUUGGUGUUUACUAAUCUUGUCCUCAGAUAUUAUUCUCUUAGUACCUUGUCUGGUACUAGUACAGUGAAUUGAUACAUCAUUGAGCUGACACUUUUCAAACCUACACGUACUAUAUUUACUUUUUUCUACUUGUGUUGGACACUUGACUUGCACUGAAAGUCUACCCCCAGUGUAUAGUGGCAGUUAGGUGGUAAGAGACCGAGCUACUUGUAGUGAAUGGUUCUCUGAUUAAACUAAUUAAAAGGAACAUCAUGUCAGUUAUUCCGAUAACGUACUACAUGUAUCGCUUUUCUCCUUUAUAAUUUGACAAAUAUAAUAUCAGCAUCUUAGUCUUCACUGAAUUGAUAAAUCAUCGAGCUAACAGUUAUCAAACCUACACUUACUAGAUCCACUAUUACCCUGUAUGUUGACCUUAAUUGAUAGUGUGAAUUUAAGUGACAAACUGACAGAGCUGCUUGUGAUAAGGUUGAACUUUUAAUACCUUUGAGCCAUCGAUCUUCAUAACCAGCGUCCAUCCUCCUCCUCCGCAUGCGUCAAGCCCAUGCUUGGUCAUGUGACAAUAUACGGGAAUCUUCGCAGAUCCAACGUUCAGGAGGUACUCUUUGUUUCCUUUAGACCUGGUUAAAAAAAUAAAACUUCAUUGGUUCACCUCAUUCUGAAGUAAUUGCCUCAUUCGGGGUGAUAGAAAGGCUGACUUAGAAUGGGCCCCAAAGAAAUUGAGGAGAAAGUCUUUCAUAUCAAGUGGACAACCUAAGUGGAAAUCUAAGAAUAUCGAGUGACGCUGUAAUUGCUGACUUUGGCGAUAAGCAGAACUCUUCUUUAGGGUCUCAAUUUUUUCCCCUUGUUUAUAUUGUCACAAGUCUUGGGCGUCGCUCCCAAUUAAAUUAUAAAUUACUUAAUCCUACUAAGUUAGUAAUUCAUAUACUGUCCUUCAUCUUGAGGGUUUCGUUAAUUGUAAGUGCUUUCAUUUUUCCUGAUUUUUUUCUUCGCACAAAAGUAGUGAUCGUUAUUUGAGUUUAUUUUACCAUUUCUGGACCAAUGUUUGCUUUUUGUACUCUACAAUCAUAAUUGACUAUAGCGAACACUCCUGAAUAAAUUCAUUAAGUUUCUUUUCUUCGUUUGAUACCGACCUUCGGUGUUUAAGUAUUUGAUUUACUGCUAUAUUUCUCAUUUUAAUUUCGUCGAUAUUUUGUUACUGAUUUUAUAGCAGUUACCAUUGUUUGUUAUCCAGAAAAUCUUCUCAACUUUGACUUCCCCGAUUUUCGUGUGUUUGACUUGCCAAUUGGUAGAGAAAAUUAAGAAGAAAUUUUAGCAAUUUUAGUUCGGAACGCUCAGAAAUUUUAAAAGUAUAUUUCAAAAUUUUCGGCUCAGUGUCUUUUUAUAGUAGGUUAUUUUUUAUCGCUUGUACUUACAAAUUCUUUUCAUAAAUGUCUUUGCACGUUGAAGCUGUAAGAAGUAAGAUAACGAUAUUAGCUACAGUGUAUGUCACAAAAAAUGAAUUUAUUAAACAAGGUAAAUCCUUUUAAUUAGUCGUUUCAGUCGACAGCAUCAACAUCGUUGUCUUUGUCCAAAUGGCGACUGUACUAGGUCACAUGACCACUGAUCAUGUGGCCAGCAUGGUCAUGUGAUCAUUUUGUGCUAACUGUUGUACUUUCCGGGUUUUUCCAUACAAAUGGUAAGCGCUUAGGGUUUCUUUUCUUUGUUAUCCUGGAGCCGUGGACGUCGAUAAAAAGAUACCAAAAAAUGUGAUGCACGUGCAGAGCAAUUUGUUUGCUUAUAAAACCAAUUGCUUUUGAUAUUCUUAUUGCCAAAGUCGUCAUGGUUGCUUUUGCCCGCUAUUUCCUUGCACUUAUUGCUAAAUUGACUAGUAUCACAUAGAAAAUGUAAACUUUCGUAGAUGAAGUCAUGGAAAUUAGAAGCUAUAAUUGAAUGCAUCUUACCUGGAAAAGCAGGGGGCUGUAGCAGUUUAAUUAGCUGGUCUAACUUUUCAUCAAGUUUCUUGAUAGCUUCGCUUGUUGCAACUCCCUGUCCAAUGUACUGGUUGCAUACAAUUGUUUCACCAUCUCCGUUGGUGCGAACUGGAGUCGAGGUGUUUGUCAUUUUAGCGCCAUUAGCCGCGUGCACCAUGAGAGUCACAGAGAAAGCUGCGCUGAACCAAAAUCGCAUUGUGAGAACCAACUUUGUUAUGUGCACUAAAACAGUAUUCCUUAAUGUUGUCUUCAGCAGAAUAAUACGUGCUGCAUAACCUUGUGUGCUUUUAUAUGAGACGUGUUGGAGCUAAAACGGAAAUUGCAAUGUGCUGUAUAAACAUGCGGAUGUGAUGUCCGGCUUGUUCAUUUGAGACUCAUUUGAGCCUGGACGACCCUUUGGGCCUUUAUUUUAACGCAAGUCCUUUGGCUGCCGCUACACAGUGGGGAUUGGGGAGGGGAGGGGAGGGAGCGGUAAAAAAAACGCGAAAGGGAAAAGGGAGAAUUACUUUUCUCCGUCCAUUCCACCGACCCCUCACUCCCCCUGCACCUGUCAGUCAUGCUUUAGAGUCCUAUCUUUGAGGCCAGAAGUAUUCGCACUGUUUCAAUUUUUAUAGCUUUUUUUAAAAAACGAAUUCAACUUCAUGCAGUGACUCGCAAUUAUAUCGUAAUUACGGCUGCUGAUAUCCUAAGUUUUCCACAACGUUUACUUUAUUUACCCAUUCCUUCGUCAGCUGAAACUUGGAAAAUCGUUACAAAGAAGGUGUGUCAAUUUGUUUUCGCUUGAGCUAUUUUAAGCGAGAAAAACCCGUAUUUUGGAAAACAUCUUUUUUGUAAAACAAAGACUGAUUACGCGUACAAGCUUCGUGCACAAGACUUCGCGACUAGUAGGAAUUUCUCUUUUAGUCAAUGCUCUAAGCAAGAGAGUUUUGUUUUUUUUUCUCGUGAAAGUUAUUUUAUAAAAGCAAUAGAAACAUUUUUCCUGUGUUUGCAUAUCCUGAUAUAAACACUCGAGGGGUUGGGAUAAUUAUAUCAGGCAAUGCAAACACGGAAAACGUUUUUAUUGCUUAAUUAUGGUACUGUUUAAGUGUGUCAAGGUUCGUGGAUGCUAAGAAAGUCUUCUAACCAAAUUAAACUUUCCUACGCGGUCGUGCAAGGGUAAAAAUUGCCACGAGAGGAUGAAGUGCUCUUCCGUUUUGAUUAGGUAUCAUUUAUGUAUUUAAAAAUGGUUAAUUAAAACUUAUUUGUUUUCCGGGUCGCGCAAAAGAAUAUUUUCCCGUGAAAGCCAUUGCCGAUAAUUCUAAGUGUUUCUUUUUAACCAAGGUUAAAGUAUAGGAAAGAAGAGAAGGGGAAAGUGUUUUCUUUAAAGUUGACGUUAAUUAGCCCCGAUUACAGUAAUGCGUUUUUGUGAAUUCUUGUACGUUCUUCCCCAAUAAGAUCGUGUUUUUCGACAUGUUAAAAUUCGACAAUGCUCUGCUAAAAAAGCUCUCCAAAAGUGUCAACGUGGAAACUGCGGGCUGCGUGUCACGUCUCUUUCCUUAUAACAGUCGCUCGUUGGUUUUUAAAGAAGUGAACAUAAAUUUCAAGACCAGGGGUGUAGCCAGUUUUUCGAUUAGUUGUAGGCCUGGCUGACUUUCAUUUCCACAUAUCCUGAGAAUUGCACGCAUAACUAGUACGCACUGACUUCACCAACACUUUGAGCUCUGAAGCUUUUUAACUCACCCCAAGAACGCUCAAUUUAUUACAAACAAAAGAGUGAUCAAACCAAAAAUUUGUAGGCCCUGGGUUGGCUACACCCUUGAUUACGUUGAUACAAGUUUGGCAAAAAAAACACCUUAAACGCUCCCUGAUAGGGCUUGACUAAACCUUUUUUCCAUGGUUGAUAUGGUGAAGUUUUUGUGACCUGAGACGAUUGUUCUUUCAUCAAAGUGAUACAGAAAAGCACAUUUAUUGAAGAAGGAAACUUUUUGGCCUUUUCAAUGAAGUACUUUAUUUCAUGUCAUUACAAACCCCUUUUUCUAGUUUCACUUUUAUAACCCCAGCCCUUUUUAACGAGAAUCAACAGUUUCUUAGUGCAUUUGAAGGCUGCUGGAAGGGUAGUUCUGCGUAUUACAGCUCUUAUUGAACCAGGACGUAUCCCAUCGCUUUGAUGUGCUGGUCGCCAUUAUCUCCCCCGUGAAGAGCUUCGUUCCAGUGCCAAACCCGAUUCUGGGGUCACAAGAGCUACAGACAUUCUGAUCGUUGGCAACGAUACCAAUUCUUGCUUUAGAGCCGGUGGCAUCGGUGCAUAGUACGUUGAAUCCUUCCUUGUUACAGUAGGGCUGUAUAACGAGGCCCGAGAGCCAAUGAGCUUCUUCCAUCAGUUUCGGCCCAGUGAAGUAGCUCGGUAUUUGCCAUCUGCGAUCAGUGAAUACAGGGAUCUGGCUUGAUGGUUGAUGAGAACAGACUUGAACUGCUGACCGAUCUUCAUUCCAAGACAGAUCUUGUUAAACGGUGUGUUCCAGUAAGUCGGUAACUUGGUCUCGUGAGUGUCCAACCCAGUCUUCCCUCCUGGAAGAUUGACUGAGUCGACUUUGUCGCUCCACAGUUGAGAAGUGUAGUGAAAUGUUGUCUGGAAAAAAAAAAGUUAACUCUUUUGUAUAGAGUACUAUCACUUUGCUGUUUUAUCUGUUUGAGAAAUAUGAUACAGUCGCCUUGGUGUUCACUGGUCUUGUUGCGAAGUCCUCAUAUAUUAUUCUCUUCAUACUUUGUCUGUUACUACUUACAGUCAAUUGAGCUAAAACUUUUCAAACCUACACGUAAUAGCUUCCCUUUCUUUCAUUUGACGUGGACCGUGACUUACAAUGUAAGUUUACCUUUAUAUUGGGAAUUAGCUUAUGACAAACGUUGGACCUUGUGAGAACAUUUAACUUUUAAUACCUUUGUGCCAUCGAUCUUCAUGACCAGCGUCCAUCCACCUCCUCCGCAUGCAUCAAGCCCAUGCUUGGUCAUGUGACAGUAAACAGGAAUUUUUGCAGAUCCAACAUCAAGCAAAUACGCUUUAUUUUCACUGGACCUGUUAAAACAUACCACUUUACUGAUUACUCCCAGCUUGUUUCUCUUAAAGUUAGGACACCAUGGAAAUUUAGAAUUCUCGUAAAAGAAAUCUUUCUUAUCAGAUAAGCGAUGUUUGGUCGAAAUUGAGUAAUCUUAUAAAAUAUCGUGGAGCGUUGUUAUUACUGACUUUGUCGAUAAGGAGAAUUCUUUUUUACCGCCAUAUAUAUGAAAACUGCUCAGUCCUCUUAAGUUAGUGAUUCAUAAACUAUCCUUAGUUUGAGCAUUUCGUAAAUUGUCUGCGUUUUCUUUUUGAAUUUAUUUUCAAUUAUUUUUUUCUUAAUAUUUUCUUACCAUUUUCUUAUCGGUAUUUUAGUUCAUUUGUAACCAUUAAUGCAUCAAUUUUCACUUUUAUUUUCUAAAAUACUGAAGAAAUUAAAUUUACAAGCAAUUCUCUCUGUUUUUCGUGUGUAAACUUAAACACUAGUCUCUUAAAUAUCUACCCCAAAUUUCAAGAUUUACUGUUGAGGGCUUUUGGUGCUGCAAUGUUCGCUUACAUCAUGACUUAUUUCGUUUUCAACUUAGUGGCCGGUUGAAAUGAAGGAACAUUACUGAAAUCCAAAUAGUAAUUUUCCAUAGUAUUGAAGCAUUCUCUAGAUUUCCUCGAGCUUAGCUAGCUACAUAAAUUUACGUACUCAGUUUACUCUGUAACCAGUUCGUUUUUCUGUACUGAAAUACUUUUUGUUAUCACUGGGUCUAGACCUUGUGCUGUUGAGUCAAAAACAAAUGUGCAUUCUUGGUCCUUUAGUUCUUGAGCUUAUCUUAAACACUUAAUACGACACGUUAUAUUUCACCUGGUAUUCGUUUUUGGAUUAUUUAACAUUCAAUUUAACGCUUAUGGGGUUUCUUUUUGCGUUAAUUUGUUGACAAGUUGGAAACUGUGUUUACGAUUGGAGUUAACGUACGUGUAAUAAAAGUGAAAACAAUUAGAGUAUCCUUUUUCUCAUAUACCUACAAGUUCUUGGUAUAGAUUUCCUUGCACGUUGAGGCUGUCGGACCGAAAAUAAAAGGAUAUAAAGCAUGUUAUUUGUAAAAAGAAGACUUUCCACACACACCAUUCUGUAAGAAACACUUUGAGAUAUGAGAUAUUUUUCAUGGUUUGUAAUUAGGUUAAUCACUCCUGAAUUAUCGAACUAUUUAAUAAUAAUUCAUCACAAAACUCUGCUUAAAGCGUUUCUUACCAGUCAUAGGAGAAGGCUGUAGCAUUUCAAUUAUCUGAUCCAGUUUUUUGUCGAUUUUCUUGAUUGCUUGGUUUGUUUCAGAGUUAUGUCCGUUGUACUGGUUGCAGACAAUUGAUUUGCCAUCGGUACUUUUCGUUCCAUUCGUUGCGUUUGCUGUGAGCAACAGAGAAAAAGCUAAAAUGAACCAAAAUCUCAUCUUUCGAUUAAGGUGGCUCGACUGGAUUUCUUGGGGUUGAGACCUCCCCAGUUUUAGCAUCAACUACGUCGGCAUGAGUAAAGAUAUGGAAAAAAGGUUACCACAGCUGUAUUAUAUAAAGAUGAAAAUUUCUUAUGAUCUGGGUUUUAUUUUAAUCAGAGUCGCCAUGGCAACGUAAUGACGCCAUUACGUUUUUCAUUUAUCUUUGUGUUUCUCUGUACCAAGAGUUUUUUGAAGAAAUCGCUUAAGGGAGUAUGUCCCUGCCAUAAUUGCCUCCAUUAUAGCAAAGUUUAAACAAAUUCUAUGAGAGCGUUUUCGAAAUAUUUUCAAAUGCAGUUUUAAGAAUCAUAAAAACAGUGAAAUAGCAUGCUAGCCACACUAUUCGCUGGUAUUUUAAGAAAAUUAUAAGUUUUGGGAACGCGGCUUCAUCUCAUAGUGGUUUGAUUCCAUUGAAAACUGCAUACAAAAAAAGAGGGGAAUUGCUCUGGGCGAUCGCGAGUACGAAGAAUUUCAUGAACUUGCAUUCGGCUGCUUUUGAUACAAUUUUUGGACGUAAUUUGGUCCAUGCCUAAAAAUUUCGCAUUUUUCCAAAAACCGCUUGAUAAAUUUUUUGUAAAUUCCACAAUCCCGAGAUCAAUCGUCAAGGAAUAUUCCCUGCAAGUUUCAAGAACACUGAAAACAGGGAAGGCUUUUAAAUAGGGCCUCAAAUAUUGCCAAUUUUCCCCCCAGAUUUUGUGUUUACAAGUGAGCGUCCUCAUUAUUCACUGGCAUUGUUUUCAAGUUUUAUAUACACGCGCACAUUUAGCAAAAAGAUAGAAUUUGCCUCAAAAAGGACCCUCGGUUAAAUCUCCGGGAUAUGCUAAUUACUCGGUAAAGAGUUUAGUGAUACAUUAUAACAUCAGAGCAACUCUCUGUGAGAGUUUCUGUGUUGUUAUAACCCGAGUAAGAUAAUUAAGUAUUGCAUCCUACACGAUGAUCCGUGACGUUCACCGUUUCGGCUCUCACUGCUAUCUAUGACGACAAGCCAAUUAUUUGCAUAUUCCGGAUAUUUCUUCGGAAAGUAAUCGAGAGUUCUCUUUGAUGCAAAUUUAUAUCUUUUGCUGGUUGUGCACGUGCAUAUGAAACUUGAAAACAAUGCCAGUGAAUAAUGAGGACGCUCACUGGUAAACACAAAAUCUGGGGGGAAAAUUGGCAAUAUUUGAGGCCCUAUUUAAAAGCCUUCCCUGUUUUCAAUGUUCUUGAAACUUGCAGGGAAUCUUUCUUGACGAUUGAUCUCGGGAUUGUGGAAUUUACAAAAAAAUUUAUCGAGCGGUUUUUGGAAAAAUGCGAAAUUUUUAGGCAUGGACCAAAUUACGUCCAAAAACUGUAUCAAAAGCAGCUGAAUGCAAGUUAAUGAAAUUCUUCGUACUCGCGAUCGCCCAGAGCAAUUCCCCUCUUUCUUUGUAUGCAGUUUUCAAUGGAAUCAAACCACUAUGAGAUGAAGCCUCGUUCCCAAAACUUAUAAUUUUCUUAAAAUAUCAGCGAAUUGUGUGGCUAGCAUGCUAUUUCACUGUUUUUAUGAUUCUUAAGACUUCUUUUCAAAAUAUUUCAAAAACGCUCUCAUAGAAUUUGUUCAAACUUUGCCAUAAUGGAGGCAAUUAUGGCAGGUACAUACUCCCUUAAGCGAUUUCUUCAAAAAACUCUUGGUACAGAGAAACACAAAGAUAAAUGAAAAACGUAAUGGCGUCAUUACGUUGCCAUGGCGACUCCGAUUACCAUAAAACCCAGAUCAUAAGAAAUUUUCAUCUUUAUAUAAUACAGCUGUGGUAACCUUUUUUCCUUAUCUUUACUCGUGCCGACGUAGUUAAUGCUCAAACUGGGGAGGUAUCAACCCCAAAAAAUCCAGUCGAGCCACCUUAAAGUUUCCUGAAUUAAAGCGUUUGUUAUCGAGUAAACUACAAUAUUCUGUAAUGUUCCUUGAACCGGAAUACUUGUGCUCCACAAUGCUGAGUCUCUUUUUUUGGCUUAGUCUUGACUCGUAUUGAAGACAAGAAAAUUUUCCAGUCGAAAUAUUAAUUAAUUAAUUAAUUACUUGGUUCAUUAUAUCCGUUUAAAAUGACGCCGGUGAAAUCUCACCGAUAGGCGCUGGCAGUUUGAACGCUAAAUUUGUAGUAACGUUCAUGAAAAGCUCUUAAAUUCUAUGGGAGUAACUUGUAAGAAUAGACGAAAAUUGUGCUUGAAGGCACACGCCGUGCUUCUGUAUACAUCAGACAUUUGUGUGCGGGAGCAGAGUAGGGAGGGGAGAGUAAGGAGAAACCCUUCUUUUCCCCCGAACCCCGGUCUCCCCGAGAGCUUACUCACGUGACCUCUGGAGCCAGAAUAACCAAGAAAGUGAUCGAUUCAGUGUUGCGUAACUCUCUUUGGGAAUUACCGGUUUUUUUUCGUACGUUUUUAAUCGUUUAAAAAAGCGUAAAUAGAUUUGCGGAGAAAUAUUUUCUCCUGGUAUUCGUUUAUGUGGAGGAAAGAGAUGCGACUAAGUAACCUAUAGAGGUUGCGUUUCUUAUCAUAAAUACGUUUUUAUUUUUUAUAUCUCUCUGAAAUACAGUUGUUUUGCUGAUAAUGGCAAUUUACCAUUUUCACAUUACCCAUAAUAAACCUCGCUGUACGCCCUCAAAGUUCGCAUAAGGAUUGUCUUCUAUUUCCCUUGGACGUCUUUUUUAUCCAGGAAAAAUUGAAAACAACGGUUAAUAUGCGAAACUUUGUAGACUGAAGGGUGCAUGUUUAAUGGGCAAUAUAAAAAUGGUCAAUUUGAACAGUUUGGACUGCGAGUACGGAUUUAGAAAUUUAAUUUGGCUCUUUUAUACUCCCAGCUGUGCAAAGAAUAGCUUUAUGAGGCCGGAUAACUAUCACAGUGAAUUUGUGCAAUUCCUGUGUUAUAUGCUGUUGAACUGUGCGGCAUUUUCCAGCUAAUGAACUUUGUUCGUGAAACAGUCGCAUUUGAUAGCUAUUGCGCUCAAGCAUGAUUUUCUUGUACAGUCUUUUCAAAUGGUUAAUGACGGUAAGCAUAAAAACUUGUGAGAUUGUUCAUGAUGGUCUGUCCAAAGAGUCAUUUUCUUUGUAAAAUUCGAUGUGUAAAAACUGCAAGCAUGAAUCUGUAUAUUUAGUAUAAAGCAGCUUAUGAUAUCAGGAGUUGACUAAGCUAAGGAAUGUUAAUUUCUGCCGCUGUUGAUUUUUGCGAUUGUGAUUACGCUUAAACUCGCGCUUGCGCCCUGGAUCGCAAUGUGGUUAUUUCCAGUGUAGAGAUCCAAGUCCCCAUGAAUAGCUGCUGCUGCUGAUUCGCCUCAUGUCCCACGAGUUUAACAUUAGAGGGAUUUAGAGUUUACGGCAAACGUCAGAUUGAAGUUGACAAAUUCUCAAAAUAGGGGAUAAGCAGAUUUAAACACCCUAAAACAAUUGUUAAUGAUAAACUGGCGUGAAUUUACUGGGUUUUUUUUCAAUUAUAAUGAACAGUAAACGAAAAGUAUAGGAAAAAUUGGUCACUUACCAUUUACCACGUACCGUUUAACGUUUUUAGAACUGGUCGUUAUAAAGGUUAUUCAGGAACACGAACAUAAAAAUCAUGUAUAAAAUUUUUUGUUGGCAUAUUUUGUUUAGGAGUGCAAAACUGCUAGGCAAACCACUGCUCAGGGUAGCUAACGGUGUUUCCUUGACGAUAGUGUAAUUGAUAAGAAGGAAAAGGUAUAGUGGCGCCACUCGGUUGCGUUUGAGAACAAUGAAAUAAUUCAAACAAAAAAUAGACCCUGAGCGGUCGUCCUUCUUUCCUCGGAGCCUCGUGCGGCGAUCAAAAAAGUGAAAUUAUGCAAAUCAUGUUAAAAAGGAGGAGAAAUUGGGGCAGAGCUUGGGCGGAGAGAGUCCUUUUUCCUCUUGACACGGGCUCCGCCCUCGUUCCUCGCGACUUCGCCGCUCACCCCAGUUCUCGAUCAAAUAAGAGACUGCUCUCAGUCUAAAACAAAUGUACGCACGCGAGUUUUGGUGACCUGAGAUACUUGUUUAUUCAAAGUGAUACAAAGACUGAAUUAUAUUAAAGAAACUUUCUGGCCUUUUCAAUGCAAGAUUUUAUUUUAUCUCAUUCUUACAAAUCCCUUAUCCUAGAUUUACUUUUUAACCGCUCUUUAGCAAGAAUCAACAGUUUCUUAUUUGCAUGUUGAGGCCGUUUGAAGGUUGUUUCUGCGUACCGCAGAACUUAUUGAAUCAAGAUGUAUCCCAUCGCUUUAAUCUGCUGGUCGCCAUUAUCUCCCCCGACUAUAGCGUCGUUGACACACGUGUUGAAGUCAUUAGGGUUUCCUCCGGUGCCAAACCCGAUCCUGGAGUCGCAGCUGUUACAAUCAUUUUGAUUGUUACUAAUGAUAGUUUGGAAAGGUUGGUAUCGGUACCAAUUGCGUUGAAUCCCUCUUUGUUACAGUUAGGUUGUAAAGAGGCCCGAGACCCAAUGAGCUUCUUCCACGUGUCACGGCCCAGAUCGGUAUUUACCAUCUGCGAUCAGUGAAUACAGGGAUCUGGCUUGAUGGUUGAUGACAACAGACUUGAACUGCGAACCGAUCUUCAUUCCAAGACAGAUCUUGUUAAACGGUGUGUUCCAAUAAGUCGGUAACUUGGUCUCGUGAGUGUCCAACCCAGUCUUCCCUCCUAAGAGGUUGAAGUUGACUUUGUUGCUCCACAGUUUAGAAUUGUAGUGAAAUGUUUUCUGGAAAAAAAAAUCAGUUGACUCAUUUAUUUAGAGUAAUAAAUAUAAAGUACUAUCUUCUAUUUAACUUGUAAUUCCAUUUAAUAUUGUAAGUUUACCUUUAUAUUCGGAAUUAGGUUGAUGACAAACGUGGCAACUUGUGAGAACAUUUAUAUUUUAAUACCUUUGAGCCAUCGAUCUUCAUGACCAGCGUCCAUCCACCUCUUCUGCAUACAUCAAGUUCAUGUUUGGUCAUGUGACAGUAUAGGGGAAUCUUUGCAGAUCCAACGUCACGUAACGACGCUUUAUUUUCACUAGACCUGUUAUAAAAUACCUCUUCAUUGAUUAAUCCCAGUUGGAGAUAUUUCACUCUUUUGAGUCUAUAAAAAGGCUGUUAAAGUUAGUACGCCAUGGAAAUUCGCAACUCGUGAAAGAAAUCUGUCUCAUCACAUACCCAAAGGUUGGUCGAAAUUGAAUAAUAUGUCGAUAAACAUUCUUCCUUAACCACAUAUUUCUGAUAAUUGCUUAAUCCUCUUAAGUUGGUGAUUCAUAAACUAUUCUUCCAGCUCAAGCGUUUCGUAAAUUGUCUGAGUUUUCUCUUUUUUGUUGAGCAUGUCUACUUACAAAUUUAGUUUAAUGGAUUGUUAUUAUUAUUAUUUUCUUAUCGUUAUUUUAGUUCAUUUGUCACCAUAAAUGUACCAAUUUUCACUUUUUAUUUUCUAAAAUACUGAAGAAAAUUAAGAAGCAACUCUCUUUGUUUUUUUGUUUGUGACCCUAAAGACUAGUCUCUUAAAAAUCUACUCACAAUUUCAAUAUUUAGUUUUCGUUUACAUCUCUUGUUUCGGUUUUAGCUUUAUGGAUGGCACUGAAGGAACAUUACUGAAACCCACAAUGGUAAUGUUCCAUAAUAUUGAAGCAUUCUUUAGAUUUCGUCUUCCUUAGCUAGUUAGAUUUACGUACUUCUACUCGAUAACCUGUUCGUUUUUUAGUAAACAGUUUUUGUUAUGACUGUAUGUAGACCUUGUGCUGUUGAGUAAAAAACACAUGUACAUUAUUUGUCCUUUAGUCAACUUGGGUCGUAUUUUUUAUCUUUAACACGCAAUAGUACAGUUUACUUUUCAUUUGGUAUUCGUUUGAGGUGAUGCCAUUUUACAUCUGUUUGCCAGAUAUGUUAUAGAAAUCUCGUUUAAAUUUGUGGAAGAUGGAAACUGUGUUUACGACUGCAGUUGACUAACGUGCAAUUAAAAUUUAAAAAAUUAGAGUAUCCUUUUUCUCAUAUACUUACAAGUUCUUGGCAUAGAUUUCCUUGCACGUUGAAGCUGUGGGACCGAAAAUAAAACGAUAUAUUUAAAGCGGGUUAUUUUUAAAAAGAAGACGUUCAACAACAUUCUGUUAGAAACACUUUGAGAUACGAGGUAUUUUUCGUGGUUUGCAUUCAGGUCAAUGACUCCUGAAGUCUCGAACUAUUUGAUAAUAAAUUAAAUUCAUCUCAAAACGCUGUUCAGAGAAUCUCCUAUACCGUUAGAAGAAGAAGGCUGUAGCAUUUCAAUUAUCUGAUCCAAUUUUUUAUCGAUUUUUUUGAUUGCUUGGGUUGUUUCAGAGUUAUGUCCGUUGUACAGGUUGCAGACAAGUGUUUUGUCAUCGGUACUUUUCGUUCCAUUCGUUGCAUUUGCCGUGAGCAACAGAGAAAAAGCUAAAAUGAACCAAAAUCUCAUCUUUCGACUAAUGUUUGCUGUGUUGAAGCGUUUGUUAUCGAGUAAACUACAAUAUUCUGUACUGUUCCUUGAACCGGAAUACUUUUGCUCGAUCACAAUGCUGUCUCUUUUUUCAGUUUAGUUUUGACUCGUAUUAAAGACAAGAAAAUUUUCCAGUCGAAAUAUUGAUUAAUUAAUUGCGUGGUUCAUCAUGCCCGGUUAAACACGGCGGUGAAAUCUAAACAAUAUUAAAGCGCCAGCAGUUUGAAAGGUACAUAUGUGAUAAUGUUCACGAAGAGCUGUUGAAUUCUUUGGAAGUAACUUAUAGAGAUAAAAAAAAGUUAUGGUUAAAGACACACACCGUGCUUUUGUAUAUAUUUUGACAAUAGCAUAAGGCUCUGUCAAGAGCCAUAAUGGCCUUUGGCUCUGUACAGUGCCUUUUAUUGUUCCUUUACUUAUAAAGACAAAGCAAAAAAACAACAAAAAAUCGUAAAACGACAAGUGACUUCAAGGUUUGAAAUAGGGAAGUUAAGGGUCUCGACGGUUUACAAAGCAAGUCGUGAGUUAUUUUGUAAUUAUUGUUUCUGUUAAAGACGUCAAUUUAACGGCGUCAUGUUUUGUUUUUGUUGGAAGUCAGAUUUUCUCGAAUGCGGCUGUCUCUUGCUCUUUCUAAAAUCACUACAUGGUUGACUGGAUGGAAAGACUUAAGCUCUCGUUGGGGCGGGGGUUGGGAGGGGGGGCUCCGGUAAGAGGAAAAGGAGAGACCUCGUUUACCCAUACCUCUGCCCCUCAUCCCUGAUAGCUUGCUGGCAAUCUAGACAGUUAUAAGAGGGAAAGAGAAAACAAGAAAAAGAAAGGGAUAGAGGCAAUAUGAAAACAGUUUGGACUAUGCAUACGGAUUUAGAUUGGCACCAUGCCAUUACGUUCUUGUGGAUAAUUAUCAUAUUAAACUGAUAGUUCAAUAAAUGUGUUAUUUGCGGUUGAGCUGUACAGAGGGUCGUAUAGGGUAGUUGGGGGGGGGGGGAGUCUCUCGCACGGUUCACGAACAGAAAAAAACAGCGAAUCACGGAUCACGGCUAUCAAAAUUUCAUGUACAGGUUUGUCCCACUUGUAAAAUUUGCAGAGAAAUAAGUCGCCUUCUGUAGCUUGAAAACAAACCAAAAAAACUAACAAGUACACCGUAUUUAAUAGCGCAUGCGCUCAGCCAAGAUUUCCUUUUCUUUUUUUAUCUAGUUAGUAAAGAUAAGCAUGAAAUCUAGUGGGUUUUUUUUCUAUUGCCUGUGUCGCACAGGCAUUUUCUCUGUGUAAAAACUACCGUCAUGAGCUUGUAUUUUUAGUUUAGAGCUACUGAUGAUAUCAGGAAUUGUUUGAUUUCUUUGUCACUGACUCACUUUUUGCAAAUUGACCAACCCGAAUCCACCGGCAUUAGUUAUGUCAAGUUCUCGAUGUAGGUACGCGUGGUAGUAUUUAAAAUUAAUAAAAACAUGCAAAAGGUUCAGUUAAGGGGCACACCAUAAAUGAGUGAUUGUUAAGCUUAAGUUCGCUUUAAAGAUUUUUAGACCUUUGUGAUAACAAUGUGGUCAUUCACAGGGUUGGGAUCCACGUCCCCUUGAAGAGUUGCUUUGUGGUAUUUCGAGUUUAACAUUGUCUAAGACAAUAUGAUGGUUACAUUCUUAGAAGAGGUUACGGACGUUGGAAUUGUGGUCAGACAUUUAUUUCGAAAAUCAGAAAGUCUUUUUAUGCUUGGAAAUCAGGGAGUGUGAUUAUUCAUUAAACGGCUGCCACCACCGAUGCAGAGGAUUGUUGACACUCUUGCUUUAAGGUAUUUAAGGAAGAUUUCUUUUCAAUACACCGACGUCGACAAAGGAGUCUAGUGUAAAUGUCAACCCGUUUAUAUAAAGUAGUGUACACCGGACGGUGUACUUCCUUGUAAAUAUGAGAAUCUAGGUUAGCAGGUGAGAAUAAUGUGCGAAUCUCUCACCUUUUAGUAGAUUAGCUCUCCUAUCGACGGACUUAAUAAAAUCUGAUCAAGCUGAGAAACACCGAGAACAGUGAUUCAUACUAGAAGGGGAGUGUUAAAUGUUUGGUCAUGGAUAUUGUUUCUGUGAGGUGGAAAGGAAGAGGUCUCCCUAUGUUAGUUGUUCACCUUCCAUUGAAGUAUAGCUUUUAUACUAUUUUAAUACAACGCUUUUUUUGCGGGUUGGCCAAAUGUUACUUUUUGAACCGAAAUGUGUCGAAACUCUUUAUUUCUCAUUGAUUUCAUUGGAACCCUAAAUGUCGCAGCCCUUUUGUUUUCGCGCUAUGUUCCAUUCUUGAAUAGGUUUGUACGGUAAUUUUUUUUUCAGCGAAUCGUGUGAGGCUUUGUUACGUACGGCAUUGAUUGGCCUUUUUUUUUCCCCGAAUUCUUGCUGAUUCCUGUUACCUUGUAACCGUCAAUUAUCAUGAAAAGUUAAUGACGUUGACACAAGGUUGACCAAAAUCCAAGUUAUUCAAUUACUCGUUAUUAUUACAAGUUAUUCAGUUAUUCGUCUUUGUUGGCUUAGUGCAAAGUUGUAUUUCAUCCCAGUCUUACAAAGUCCCUUAUUCUAGAUUCACUUUUUAAUCCGCUUUUUUACAGCAAUCAACAGUUACUUAGUUCCAUUUCAUUAAGGCUGUUUGAAGGCUGUUUCUUCGUAUUACAACUGUUAUUGAACCAAGAUGUAUCCCAUAGCUUUCAUGCUCUGGUCGCCAUUAUCUGUUUCGUCUUUAUCAGCUUCGUUACCACAUGUAUUGGAGUCAUUAGGAUACCCUCCAGUGCCAAACCCGAUCCUGGAGUCACAGCUGUUACAGUCAUUUUCUCUGUUGCUAUAGAUACCAAUUCUCGCUUUGCUGUGUCGGCUAGAACUCAGUACGUUGAAUCCUUCCUUGUUGCAAUUGGGUUGUAAAGAGGCCCGAGACCCAAUGAGCUUCUUCCACGUGUUACGGCCCAGUGAAGUAGCUCGGUAUUUGCCAUCUGCGAUCAGUGAAUACAGGGAUCUGGCUUGAUGGUUGAUGACAACAGAGGAGAACUUGUGACCAACCCUCAUUCCAAGACAGAUCUUGUUAAACGGUGUGUUCCAAUAAGUCGGUAACUUGGUCUCGCGAGUGUCCAACCCAGUCUUCCCUCCUGGAAGAUUGAAGUCGACUGUGUUGCUCCAGAGAUUGGAAUUGUAGUGAAAGGUUUUCUGGGUGCAUUUGAAAAAGAAAAACACCAUUUAUAUAAAUUACUAUCGCUUUGCAGUUUUAUCUUUUCGACAAAUAGGGUACAGUCACAUCUUGUUGUUUACUAAUUUUGUCCUCGGAUAUUAUUCUCUUAGUACCUUGUCUAGUACUCAUGACUUAUAGUGAAUUGAUACAUCAUUGAGCUAACUCUUUUUAAACCUACACGUACUAGAUUCCCUUCCCCCUCCCCCCUCGGCUUAGACUCUUGACUUGCACUGUAAGUUAUCGUUUAUAGUGGGAAUUAGAAGGUGCCAGUUCAAAUUACUUGUGAGAAUAUUUAACGUUUGAUACCUUUGAGCCAUCGAUCUUCAUGACCAGCGUCCAUCCACCUCCUCCGCAUGCAUCAAGCAGAUGUUUGGUCAUGUGACAAUAUACGGGAAUCUUUCUGGAUCCAACAUCAAGCAAAUAUGCUUUGUUUCCUUUGGACCUGAUGAAACAUACAACUUCAUUGGUUCACCUCAGCAUGCGUGAUAUUUCGCUUAUUUGGGAUUGGAGAAGGCUGUCUUAUUAAGGGCGCAAUGGCAAUUGAGAGCUUUCCCGAAAAGAAAUUAUCUGCCCUAUGGAGAAGACAUCAUAUGGGCUGUGAAGAAAUCGCAAGGUUUGGUCGACUGUAAAUAAUUUGAGAAUUUUGAUUAACGUUGUCAUUACUGACUUUGUCCACGGGCAGAACUCCUCUUUACCGUCUCUUUUGCCUUCUCGUCUCAUUAUUUUUUAGCGCGCCGGCGUCGCGCCUAACUUAACUAUCCUUCCAGCUUGGGCCUAAAUUCACUGAGUUUUCUUAUUUCGUGCCCUUUUUCUCCCAACACUAGUGAUCGGUAUUUUAGUUUAUUUUUACCCAUAAUAUAAUAAUAAUUUCCACAAUUUUAUUCUGUUUUUGUUUGCUAUCUUGAAGUCUAGAUUCUUAAAGACAUGUGAUGUAUUUCAAGAUUUAUUUUAGUGUUUUUAUAAUUUUUUUGAUAUCUAACGUUCUAAUGUUUACCCAGUAACUUUAGUUUUUGUUAAAACAAUUUUCGUGAUUAUUUGAUAUAAUCCUUGUGCUGUCAAGCCAAAACAAAGUGUAGAUCAUUUGAACUUGGUGGAUCUCAAUUCUCUCCGUUUUUUUUUUCAACACGCAAUAGUGCACGUCAUUUCAGCAUACUCGCGUCUUGGAAAUUUUGUUUUGUCUCGACUGAUGAAGGAAAGUAGAUUUUUUCGAUAAUAUUUUUUGGCUUAGCUUCGUGUCUACAAAGGAGAAAAGUGCUUCGGAGUAUGAAGUGGAAUAGUGUAUCGUAAAUCUUCUAUAUACGUACAAUUUCUUGUCGUAAAUCUCCUUGCAUGUUGUAGCUGUUGAGAAUAAGAAAAUGAUAUUAGCCAUAUCAAGACCACGUACAAGGAACAUUUUAAAACUGAUUCCAAGACGGCCGUUGAUUAGUUAACACGUUUACAUUAUUGUAGGCGACACUGAAAGGACCCUAUCUCAAUGAUACCGUGAGCAUUAAGUUUUAUGUUUUAGUUUACCACACCGUCGCAGGGGCGGAUCUAGGGGGAGGGUGCAGGGGGUGCGCACCCCCCCCUCCCCCCGAGAUGACCUGCGGUUUUCUAAUACAACUGGUAUUCCGCAACAAAAAAAAACUAUGUGGUUUAUUGGUGUUGAAGUAGAGCAAGAGACGAGUGCACCCCCUCCUAAAAAAAAUCCUGGAUCCGCCCCUGCGUCGGCUUCCUUAAAUUGCUUAUGCAUUACUACUAAUUCAGCCAAAAAUAUAUAAAGGCAAGAACCAAAAACUUUCUAAGGCGAAUUGCAAAAUGUCUUCGUCACUAGUCAAAUUGAAUGUCCUCACAUUUCAGUGAGUGUGAGUAAGGUUAGAAUCUUUUUAGUUUUACGACAAAAUAAAUAGGAAACUGCAUUGUGUGUCAGAAUGAAUUGUGGAGAAAACGUUCUUACCUGGAGUAGGAUUUGCUGGAGUAGAAGGCUGUAGCAGUUUAAUUAGCUGGUCUAAUUUUUUUGAUAGUUUUUCAUCAAGUUUCUUGAGAGCCUCGCUAGUUUCAGCGCCCUGUCCAAUGUACUGAUUGCAUACAACUGUCUCACCGUUUUUGUCGGCGCGAACUACAUGUGUGUUGCUGGUAAUGUUGGCCCCAUUCGCUGCGCAUUGCGCGAAAAUUACAAAGAAAAAUGCAGUAAGCCAAAGUUUCAUUGCGUUAUCUUGGUAAAUGGGUGAACUGCACUGCAAUAUUUCUCCAAAAUUCCCUUCAACAGAAUAACUCAAACUGUAUGAGGUUGUCUCACUUAUUGACCUGAGAUUCGGCUUGUGGGGAGACUAGAAAAUUUUCCAGUAGGGUUGUUAAGUAAAUAAUUGCCAUUCAAAAUACUUAAACCGCAGAAAACUAAAGAGGUGCUAUGUAAAAAACUUAUCAAAUAUUUUUUAGAAAGAAAGAAGUUAUAAAAAAGAUUAGUAUUUCCUUGCAGUAACUCUUAGAAAUCAAAGUGCGACGGCCAACAGAAUGCCUUUUAUUUUACUGCCCCGCUGCUUGAGUUUGUUUUUCUUUAAUAAUGCGCUGAAGGCGAGUAAGUUAACUGUCGUGAAUAUUUUACAGAGCUUGAAGUAUAUUUCAAAGUUGUUAAAAAAAACGUCGACGUUAUUAUAUGUUAAUCCCAGGAAAAAAUGCACAUUGUAACAGCUGAAAUUGUAUCACUGCGCUCUGUUUUGAAGACAAUUUUGAAAUUAUACUAAUUGGUUUUACAUAUAAUUGUUUGAAUCUUUUGUUUGCAAACGUUGACAAGUUAAACAUCAAACAAGAAAAGAUGAAUACCUUGAGGUGGUUCUUUUUCCUGCGGAAUUUGAGACCUCAGCUCUUCCCUUUGAUUUCGCAACAAGGUUAUUCUUCAUUUAGUUAUUUUUUUUACUUUCGCAAAUGCCUUAAUUCUCUUCUUUUAGUAGCAACUCUGUUGGAGGCAACUGGUCUUUUUUUAACUUAUUCCAUCCUGGAGUUAAAUGAUUCUCGAUUCAGACUACCGCAUGUCAUGCGUGACUGACAGUUUGUAAACUACGUAAAAGAUAUAAGCCUGGAGGAACUCAACCGAAGUAAGAUUGCAUAAUUCUCUCAGACGGAAGAAGAUAUUGUUUGUUUUUGAUAAUUUAUCCUACUUUUUCACAUAAUAAACCUGUUACUACUUUUGGGUUCUGGCGAUAAAAAGUUGGACAAGUUAAAUGACUGAGUAUUCAGUGUAUAUAAUGGUUUAUUUUUCCAUCAAACUUUAUUCUAGCGGGGUCUACAUAGGGUGUCUUUUGUUUUAAUUACUUUUCUAUGCGUUGAUGUAAAUAUAAAUAAUACUGAUUAUUUGGGAAGAUUACAUUCUCUCGUGUUGUUUAACUGUUUUAUCUCAGGUGUCGAAAAUUUAUUCGGGUCAUAUCUUCUUACUGAUUUAAGUAAAAACAAAAUAAAACUGUCUACUAGAUCUUUUGUUAGUUUACUGCUUUUAAGUUUGUCCGCUUACUUGAUCUUUAAAAGUACAUGUACGUGAUACUUAUUACUUAGAGUGUAAUAAAUCUAAGCAACAGAGAUCGCUAGAAACAUAAAUAACCAUCCACCUGGUCCACAUCCAACAACAGAGGGUGGGAAAGGAGGCACUGGGUAAAGUUCUCCCCCCCCCAACCCUUUCCCCGGCCCUUCCCCCGCUUUGUUCCUUCAGCCUACUCUCCCCAAUGUUCCUUUUCUUUCAAAAAAAAAACGACAAAAAGAACGGUUAAAUGCUUUACGCGAUUGGUUUACUGAGUCAGCUUACACCCUCGCACUCAUUCCUUCCUCUUAUAUCUUAUUCACUCUCUUUGGUGUUGGCGUUUAUUGGUAUGUGCGUGAGUAUCUGUUUGUUUUUCCUGCGGGAAGUUGAAUAGAGAUCCAGUAGGAGUAAAGGGGCGCCUUCCAUUCCGGAUAUUUUGGUUAGAAAUCAAAUGGAACGGACCAUUUCGGUUCGGUCCGACCGCAAUAUUUAGGACCAGGUUUGAGGGUGGUCCACUUUGCCGGUCCGCUCAUUUCGGUCGGUCGGACCGAAAUGUUCCUUUCCAUUUGACAAAAUUGUUGACCCCAGUACCGCUCUUUUGCAUCCUGCUUAUGAGAACGAUAGACCUCUUCAGCUUGCUUGUUUUGUUUUCCCAGUACAGGUCAUGUGUUAAUACUCUAGAGAACUGUUUCUUUCAAAUCUUGUCUUAUUCAAGUGCAAAUGUAAGUAAAAUUUAUGACAAGACAAAGGGUUAAGUUCCCCAGGGACUCUAUUGGUAAAACAAAACAUACAAGGGGAAGAGGUCUAUUACCAAACGCCCGGUGGCUUUGGUCGGGUAUGUGCCACCAGAAUGUACCGUUCCUUUUGGAACGUGGAAUUUCGAAUUUUUGUUGAAUUGAAAGCGCCCAGGCUGUCACUCAAAUUUUCCUUUUAACCAUGAAAAAAAAAACACUGAACUUUAUUUGUCUAGAAUUUUAGUCACGGCUAUAAAUGGGGUCGUUCCCGUUCUCCAAUGUAUGCUACCUAGUUGCAUUCCUACACAAAAAGAUAUUAAUUCUUGCUCUUCCAAUGUCAUCGACUCACGUUUUUGAAAAGCCUUUGUUUUGCCCGUCCACGCUAAAACGAUAGAUCUUUGUUUGAUUCAAGAUCGAAAUCAACUACUGAAAACGAAAUUAUUCAGGAAAACACAAUGAUUUAUCAGCGAAACCGUGUUCAUGGCCUUACGCAAAGGUUUUAUUUUAUUACUGUCUUUCAAAAUCCCUUAUUCUAGAGUCUGCUUUAAAACUAUUAGUUAACAGCAAUUUACAGUUCCUAAGUUGCCUUAAAGCCCUUUUGAAGACUGUUUCUGCGUAUUAUGGCCCUUACUGGACUAAAAUGUAUCCCAUCGCUUUGAUGUGCUGGUCGCCGUUAUCUGCGGCUAUAGCUUCGUUGCCACACGUGUUGGAGUCAUCGUGAUACCCUCCAGUGCCAAACCCGAUCCUGGAGUCACAGCUGCUACAGUCAUUUUCGUUGUUUCCAAUGAAACCAAUUCUUGCUUUGGAGGCUUUGCUUUCGGUACCAAUUGCGUUGAAUCCUUCCUUGUUACAGUUGGUCUCUAACGAGGCCCGAGACCCAAUGAGCUUCUUCCACGUGUUACGGCCCAGUGAAGUAGCUCGGUAUUUGCCAUCUGCGAUCAGUGAAUACAAGGAUCUGGCUUGAUGGAUGAUGACAACAGACUUGAACUGCUGACCGAUCUUCAUUCCAAGACAGAUCUUGUUAAACGGUGUGUUCCAAUAAGUCGGUAACUUGGUCUCGUGAGCGUCCAACCCAGUCUUCCCUGCUGGAAGGUUGAAGUCCACUUUGUUGCUCCAGAGAUUGGAAUUGUAGUGAAAGGUUUUCUGGGUAAAUUUGAAAAAGAGAAACAUCAUUUAUAUAACUUACUAUCGCUUUGAUGUUUUAUCUAUUCGACACAUAUGGUACAGUUACAUUUUGUUGUUUACUAAUCUUGCCCUCUGAUUUUAUUCUCUUAGUUCCUUGUCUGGUACUCGUGACUUAAAAUGAAUUGAUACAUCAUUGCGCUAACUCUUUUUCAACCUACACGUACUAGAAUUCCUUUUUCCUCUUAGCUUAGACUCUUGACUUGCAUUGUAAGUUAUCGUUUAUAAUAGGAAUAAGAAGGUGCCAGUUCAAACUAAUUGUGAGAACAUUCAACGUUUGAUACCUUUGAGCCAUCGAUCUUCGUGACCAGCGUCCAUCCACCUCCUCCGCAUGCAUCAAGCAUAUGCUUGGUCAUGUGACAAUAUACGGGAAUCUUUCUGGAUCCAACAUCAAGCAAAUACGCUUUGUUUCCUUUGGACCUGAUAAAACAUGCAACUUCAUUGGUUCACCUCAUCCUGGGAUAUUUCGCUUAUAUGGGAUUAGAGAAGGCUGUCUUAAUAAGGGCGCUAUGGCAAUUGAGAAUUUCCGAAAAGAAAUUAUCUGCCUUGUCAAAGAGACAUCAUAUGAGCUGUGAAGGAAUCGCAAGGUUUGAUUUGACAAUUUGAUUAACGUUGUCAUUAUUGACUUUUUCGAUUGGCAGAACUGUUUUUUACCGUCAGUUUUGCUUUUUCGUCUUAUUACUUUUUCGUCAACUUCUGGUGUCGCGCCUAACUUAACUAUCCUUCCAGCUUGAGCGUAAAUUCACUGAGUUCUUAUAUUUCGUGGCUUUUUUCUCCCAAGGAACACUAGUGAUCGGUGUUUUAGUUUAUUUUUACACAUAAUACUGGAUCGAUUCCCGCCCUUUGUCAUCUUAAUCUUAAAAUGUUAGACAAAAAUUAAGAACCAAUUCAAAGGGGACAGAUAGCAAAUUUUUGUUGCUGUAAAUGUAUAUUAGGUCGUGACUGUUCAUCAGUGGGAUGCCUGAAAUGUUUCCAUUUCCACAAUUUUAUUCUGUUUUUGUUUGCUAUCUUGAAGUCUAGACAUAUACUGUAUUUCAAGAUUUAUUUAAGUGCUGUUAUAGUUUUUAUAUCUAAUGUUCUAAUGUUUACCCAGUAACUUUAGUUUUUGGUGAAACGAUUUUCGUGAUUAUUUGAUAUAAUCCUUGUGCGUCGAGCCAAAAACAAAGUGUAGAUCAUUUGCCUGUUGUGGAUCUUAAUUCUCUCCGUUUUUUUCAACACACAAUAGUACACGUCAGUUUCAGUAUACUCGCGCCUUGGAAAUUUCGAUUGAUGAAGGAAAGCAGAUUUUCGCGAUAAUAUUUUAUGGCUUAGCUUCGUGUCUACAAAGGAGAAAAGUGCGUCGGAAAAUGAAGUGGAAUAGUGUAUCGUAAAUCUUCUAUAUACGUACAAUUUCUUGUUGUAAAUCUCCUUGCACGUUGUAGCUGUUGAGAAUUAGAAAAUGAUAUUAGCCAUAUCAAGACCACGUACAACGAACGAUUUAACACUGAAUGCAAGACGGCAGUUAAUUAAUUAACGCGUUUACAUUAUUGUGGGCGACACUGAAAGGACCCUAUCUCAAUGAUACCGCGAGCACUAAGUUUUAUGUUUUAGUUUACCACACCGUCGGCUUCCUUAAAUUGCGUAUGCAUUACUACUAAUUCAGCCAAAAAUAUAUGAAGGCAAGAACCAAAAACUUUCUAAGCCGAAUUGCAAAAUGUCUUUGUCACUAGUCAAAUUGAAUGUCCUCACAUUUCAGCGAGUGUGAGUAAGGUUAGAAUCUUUUUAGUUUCAUGACAAAAUAAAUAAGAAACUGCACUGUGAGUUAGAACGAAUUGUGGAAAAAACGUUCUUACCUGGAGUAGGAGAAGGCUGUAGCAGUUUAAUUAGCUGGUCUAAUUUUUUUGAUAGUUUUUCAUCAAGGUUCUUGAUAGCCUCGCGAGUUUCAGCGCCCUGUCCAAUGUACUGAUUGCAUACUACCGUACCACCAUUUUUGUCGGCGCGAACUAUGUGUGUGUUGUUAAUGCUGGCCCCAUUCGCUACGCAUUGCGCGAAAGUUACAAAGAAAAAUGCAGUAAGCCAAAGUCUCAUUGCGGUUACUUGGUAAGUGGGUGAACUGCACUGCAAUAUUUCUCCAAAAAAUUUCCUUUAACAGAUUAACUCGUGCUAUAUGAGGUUGUCUCAUUUAUUGACCCUGGUUUGUAGAUAGACAAGGAAAUUUUCCGGUAGGGUUAUUAAGUAAAUAAUUUCCAUUCAAAACACAUUAACUGGUGAAAACUAAUGAGGUGCUGUCUAAAAAAUAAUACUGAUAAAAUAUUUCUUAGAAAGAAAGAAGUUGUAAAGAAAAAUUAGUAUUUCCUUGCAGUAACUCCUAGAAAUCAAAGUGCGACGGCCAACAGACUGCCCCGCUCCUUAAUUUUUUUUUUCUUUAAUAAUGUGCCGAAGGCGAGUAAUUAUAAGUUAACUGUCGUGAAUAUUUACAGAGCUUGAAGUAUAUUUCAAAGUUGUUGCAAAAAAAAACGUCGACGUUAUUAUAUGUUAAUCCCAGGAAAAAAUGCACAUUGUAACAGCUGAAAUUGUAUCCACUGCGCUCUGCUUUGAAGACAAUUUUGAAAUUAUACUAGUUGGUUUUACAUAUAAUUGUUUGAAUCUUUUAUUUACAAACGUUGACAAGUUAAACAUCAAACAAGAAAAGAUGAAUACCUUGAGGUGUUUUUUUCCUGCGGAAUUUGAGACCUCUUCACUUUGAUUUCGCAACAAGGUUAUUCUUCAUUUAGUUAUUUUUUUUACUUUCGCAAAUGCCUUAAUUCUCUUCUUUUAGUAGCAACUCUGUUGGAGGCAACUGGUCUUUUUUUUAACUUAUUCCAUCCUGGAGUUAAAUGAUUCUCGAUUCAGACUACCGCAUGUCAUGCGUGACUGACAGUUUGUAAACUAUAUAAAAGACAUAAGCCUGGAGGAACUCAACCGAAGUAAGAUUGCAUAAUUCUCUCAGACGGAAGAAGAUAAUGUUUGUUUUUGAUAAUUUAUCCUACUUUUUCACAUAGUAAACCUGUUACUAAUUUUGGGCUCUGGCGAUAAAAAGUUGGACAAGUUAAAUGACUGAGUAUUCAGUUUAUAUAAUGGCUUAUUUUUCCAUCAAACUUUAUUCUAGCAGGGUCUACAUAGGGUGUCUUUUGUUUUAAUUACAUUUCUAUGCGUUCGUGUAAAUAUAAAUAAUACUGAUUAUUUGGGAAGAUUACACUCUCUCGUGUUGUUUAACUGUUUUAUCUCAGGUGUCGAAAAUUUAUUCGGGUUAUAUCUUCUUACUGAUUUAAGUCAAAACAAAAUUAAACUGUCAGCUGAAUGUUUUGUUAGUUUUACUGCUUUUAAGUUUGUCCGCUUACUUGAUCUUUAAAAGUACAUGUACGUGAUACUUAAUACUUAGAGUGUAAUAAUUCUAAGCAGUAGAGAUCGCUAGAAACAUAAAUAACCAUCCACCUGGUCCACAUCCAAUAACAGAGGGUGGGAAAGGAGGCACUGGGUAAAGUUUCCCCCCCCCCAACCCUUUAAAUUCCUUCAGCCUUUUCAGAAACAAACGACAAAGAGAACGGUUAAAUGCUUUACAGGAUUGGUUUACUGAAUCAGCUUGCUCUCUGGCAGUCAUUCCUUCCUCUUAUAUCUUAUUCACUCUCUUUGGUGUGGGCGUUAAUUGGUAUCUUCGUGAGUGUUUGUUUGUUUUUCCUGUGGGAAAUUGAAAGGAGAUCCUCUCAUUUCGGUCGGUCGGACCGAAAUGUCCCUUUUCAUUUGACAAAAUUGUUUUCUCCAGCUCCGCUCUUUUGCGUUCUGCUUACAAGUAUAAUAACCAAAUCCGCGGUGGCUUGGGUCGGGUCUGUGCAACCGGAAUAUACCGUUCCACUGGGCGCGUGGAAUUUUCGAAAUUUCAAACCGGAAUUUUUAUGGAAUGGAAAGGGCCCAGGCUGUCACUCAAAUUUUCCUUUUAACGAUGCAAAGAAAAACCACUGAACUUUAUUUGUCGAGAAUUUCAGUGAUAUAGAUCGGAUCGUUCUCGUUGUCGAAUGUAUGCUACCUUGUAUUCCUACACAAAAACAUAUUGAUUCUUGCUCUUUCAAUGUCAUGUACUCACAUUUUUGAAAACCCUUCGUUUUGCCCGUCCACGCUAAAACGAUGGAUCUCCGUUUAAUUCAAGAUCGAAAUUACUACGAAACUACUACGAAAUUAUUGAGGAAAACACACUGAUUUAUCAGCGAAACCGUCUUCAUGGCCUUACGCAAAGGUUUUAUUUUAUCACAAUCUUACAAAAUCCUUUAUUCUAGGUUCUACUUUAAAACUUCUUGUUAACAGCAAUUUACGUUUUCUAAGUUGCUUUUAUGUCCAGUGAAGACUGUUUCUGCGUAUUAUGGCCCUUAUUGGACUAAGAUGUAUCCCAUCGCUUUGAUGUGCUGUGCGCCAUCGUUGCCACACGUGUUGGAGUUCAUCGUGAUACCCUCCAAUGCCAAACCCGAUCCUGGAGUCACAGUUGCUGCAAUCGUCCUCUUUGUUUCCAAGGAUACCAAUCCUUGCUUUAGACCAGUCCUUGUAGGUACAAACUACAUUGAAUCCUUCCUUGUUACAGUUGGGUUGUAAAGAGGCCCGAGACCCAAGGAGCUUCUUCCACGUGUUACGACCCAGUGAAGUAGCUCGGUAUUUUCCAUCUGCGAACAGUGAAUAGAGGGAUCUGGCUUGAUGGUUGAUGACAACAGACUUGAACUGCUGACCGAUCUUCAUUCCAAUACAGAUCUUGUUAAACGGCGUGUUCCAAUAGAUCGGUAACUUGGUUUCGUGAGUAUCCAACCCAGUCUUCCCUCCUGGAAGAUUAAAGUCGACUUUGUUGCUCCAAAGUUGAGAUCUUGUAGUGAAAUGUUUUCUGAAAAAAAAACAAAAAAAAAACGGUUAACUCAUUUAGAAAGAGUACUAUCACUUUGCUGUUUUCUCUGUUUGAGAAAUAUGAUACAGUCUCGCCUCGGUUUUCACUGGUCUUGUUGCCAAGUCCUCACAUAUUAUUCUGUUCUUACUUUGUCUGUUACUACUUACAAUGAAUUGAGUUAAAACUUUUCAAACCUACACGUAAUAGAUUCCCUUUCUUUCAUUUGACGUGGACUCGUGACUUACAUUGUAAGUUCACCUUUAUAUUGGGAAUUAGGUGAUGACAAACGUGGAAACUUGUGAGAACAUUUAACUUUUAAUAGCUUUGAGCCAUUGAUCUUCAUGACCAGCGUCCAUCCACCUCCUCCGUAUGCAUCAAGCCCAUACUUGGUCAUGUGACAGUAUACAGGAAUUUUUGCAGAUCAAACAUCAAGCAAAUACGCUUUAUUUUCACUGGACCUGUUAAAACAUACCACUUUAUUGAUUACUCCAAGUUUGUUUGUUUGUUUGUUUCUGUUGAAGUUAGGACGCCAUGGAAAUUCAGAAUUCUCAUAAAAGAAAUCUGUCUUAUCAGAUAAGCAAUGUUUGGUCGAAAUUGAAUAAUAUUAUAAAACAUCCACGGGCGUUGUUAUUGCUGACUUUGUCGAUAAGGAGGACUCUUCUUUACCGCCAUAUAUAUAAUAAAUUACUCAAUCUUCUUACGUUAGUGAUUCGUAAACUAUAUCUUUUCAGCUUGAUCAUUUCGUAAAUUGUCUGAAUUUUUCAGUCUUUUUUAUAUAUUCUUUUAACUAUUUUUUCUUAUUGUUUCCUUAACAUUUUCUUAUCGGUAUUUUAGUUCAUUUGUAACCAUUAAUGCACCAAUUUUCACUUUUUAUUUUCUAAAAUACUGAAGAAAAUUUACAAGCAAUUCUCUGUGUUUUUCGUUUGUAAACUUAAACACUAGUCUCUUAAAUGUCUACUCUAAAUUUCAAGAUUUAGUGUUGAGGGCUUUUCAGUAGCGCUGCAAUGUUCGCUUACAUCAUGACUUAUUUCGUUUUUUGUGGUUGGAAAUGAAGGAACAUUACUGAAAUCCAAAUAGUAAUUUUCCAUAGUAUAGAUCGUUUUCACUGUCACGCAACAAAAAAAUAAAUUGAAAACCGUCCAGUGGAAGAAGCCAAGAAAACGAUAUGUUAUAAAAGACUAAUUUUUAAACAAUUUGUCCAAGUCUCAGGUCUUUUUGGCCCACAGUUUCUGAGUUAUUUGCCGAAACGUUUCACGCAUCUUUGUAGAGCUUUGUAUGGAGACGCCAUAUUGGUGCACAGUUUUGGUGCACCAAUAUGGCCGCCGAAAACCAACAAAAACAUCAGGAGUUCACUUGUUCUAUAAAAGCUCCUUCUUUUCACUCGAGAACUAGCAUACGUACGCAUAAACAUAUCUUCUAAUACUUGAAAAGGUUAUACUGCUGAAAAUCAAGAGAAGAGACUUUUUUCAACGAGACAACAUUCCUAUUUUGGUGUCACGCACUCUGAAAACUCGGAAGUUCAAAUUGCUGUAUUUUCGAAAUGAAACAUACUAUGGGACUGAAAACUUGUACAAAGAUUAACUUUUUGUUUAUCUUCAACCUAGUGUAAAUAAGAAUUCGUAAAACCUCGCUAUUUUGACUUUACAAUUUGAUGACGUCACUGUGAAAACCAUCUAUUGAAGCAUUCUCUAGAUUUCCUCUACCUAGCUAGCUACAUAAAUUUACGUACUCAGUUUACUCUGUAACCAGUUUGUUUUUCUGUACUGAAAUACUUUUUGUUAUCAAUGGGUCCAGACCUUGUGCUGUUGAGUCAAAAACAAAUGUGCAUUCUUGGUCCUCUAGUUCUUGAGCUUAUCUUAAACACGUGAUACGACACGUUCUAUUUCACCUGGUAUUCUUUUUUUGGAUCUUUUUAAGAUUCAAUUUAAACGCUUUUAUUGUAUGGAGUUUCUUUUUGCGUUAAUUUGUUGAAAAGUUGGAAACUGUGUUUACGAUUGGAGUUAACUUACGUGUAAUUAAAAUGAGAACAAUUAGAGUAUCCUUUGUCUCAUAUACUUAUAAGUUCUUGGUAUAGAUUUCCUUGCACGUUGAAGGUGUCGGACCGAAAAUAAAAUGAUAUAAAUCGUGUUAGUUGUAAAAAGAAGACUUUCCACACCAUUCUGUCGGAGGUACUUUCAGAUAUGGGAUAUUUUUCAUGGUUUGUAUUCAGUUUAAUCACUCCUGAAGUCUCGAACUAUUUAAUCAGAUAACGCUGUUCAAAGAAUUUCUUACCAGUAUUAGGACAAGGCUGUAGCAUUUCAAUUAUCUUAUCUAGUUUUUUGUCGAUUUUCUUGUCCGUUGUACUGGUUGCAGACAAAUGUUUUGCCAUCGGUACUUUUCGUUCCAUUCGUUGCGUUUGCCGUGAGCAACAGAGAAAAAGCUAAAAUGAACCAAACUCUCGUCUUUCGAUUAAAGUUUGCUGUAUGGAAGCGUUUGUUAUCGAGUAAACUACAAUAUUCUGUAACGUUCCAUUAACCGGAAUACUUUUACUCCCCAAGGCUGAGUCUCUUUUUUUAGCUUAGUCUUGUCUCGUAUUGAAGACAAGAAAAUUUUCCAGUCGAAAGAUUAAUUAAGUAAUUACCUGGUCCAUCAUAUCCGUUUAAAAUGACGGCGGUGAAAUCUCACCUAUAAGCGCUAGCAGUGUGAACGCUAAAUUUGUAGUAAUGUUCAGAGUAGACGAAAAUUGUGCUUGAAGGCUCACCCCGUGCUUCUGUAUAAAUUUUGUCUGUAGCAGACGGCUGUUUAUAGCCGUGCCUCAGUUCCUUUACGUAUAAAGACAAAGCAGAAAUUUCAUAGAAUGAUAUAUCACUUAAAGCAUUGGAAAUACGGAAGUUAAGGGUCUCGACCGUUUACAGCUUAAGUCGUGAAUUAUUUUGAAAUUUUUCCUUCAUUUAGACAAGUUUUUUUUAACUUCGUUACGUGUUUUUGCUGUAAUUGAGAGUUUCUCCAAUGAAUUUAUGGCUUGCUGUUUAAUCACUACAUGGAUGACUGGCUAAGGAUACAUCAGACAUUUGUGUGCUGGAGCAGAGUAGGGAGGGGAGGGUAAGGAGAAACUCUUCUUUUCCCCUGAACCCCGGUCUCCCCGAGAGCUUGCUCACGUGACCUCUGCAGCCAGGAUAACCAAGAGAGUGAUCGCUCCAAUGUUGCGUUACUCUCUGUGGGAAUUACCGGGUUUUUCGUACAUUUUUAAUCGUUUUAAAAAAGCAUGAAUAUAUUUGCGGAGAAAUAUUUUCUCCUGAUAUUCGUUUAUGUGGAGGAAAGAGAUGCGACUAAGUAACCUACAGAGGUUGUGUUUCUUAUUUAUCCAUUUAAUGUUAUCUUUUUUCUGAUAUUAUCACAAAUCCGCUUUUAUUUUUUAUGGCUCUCUGAAAUGCAGCUGUUUUGCUGAUAAUGGCAAUUUACCAUUUUCACACUACCCAUAAUACACCUCACUGUAUGCCCUCGUAAGGAUUUCCUUUGGACGUCUGUUAUACCCAGGAAAAAUUGAAAACAACGGUUAAUAUGCAAAACUUUGUAAACUGAAGGGUGUUUAAUGGGCAAUACAAAAAUGGUCAAUGUGAACAGUUUGGACCGCGAGUUCCGAUUUAGAUAUUUAAUUUGGCUCUUUUACUCCCAGCUAUGCAAAGAAUAGCUUUCUGAGGCCGGAUAACUAUGACAGUGAAUAUGUGCAAUUCGUGUGUUAUUUGCUGUUGAACUGUUCGUGAAACAGUCGCAUUUGAUAGCUAUUACGCUCAAGCAUGAUUUAUUCGCACAGUCUUUUCGAAUGGUUAAUGACAGUAAGCAUGAAAACCUGUAGGAUUAAUGGUCUGUCCGAAGAGGCAUUCUCUUUGUAAAAUUCGAUGUGUAAAGACUCCAUUCAUGAAUCUGUAUUUUUAGUGUAAAGCAGCUUAUGAUAUCAGAAGUUGACUAAGCUGAAGGAAUAUUAAUUUUUGCCACUGUUGCUUUUUGCGAUUGUGACUGAGAUCUCGCGCUAAGUGUAACAAUGUGGUUAUUCCCGGUGUAGAGAUCCAAGUCCCCAUAAACACCUCCUGCUGGUGAUUCGCCUCAUGUCCAACGAGUUUAACAUUAAAGGGAUUUAGAGUUUACGACAAAAAAAAAACGGCAAACGUCAGAUUCAAAUUGGGAAAUUCUCAAAAUAUCUUAAAACAAUUCUUAAGGAUAAACUGGCGUGAAUUUUCUGGGGUUUUUUUUUGAAGUUACAAUGAACAGUAAGCGAAAAGUAUAGGAAAACAUUGGUCACUUGGUGCAAAUUUAUGUUUUUAUUUUUUCAACGUGUUUCAACCAGUUCACGUGUUUAGAACCGGCCAUUGUAAAGGUUAUUCAGGAAUAUGAACAUGAAAGUCACGUAUAUAAUUUUUUGUGGGUAUAUUUUGUUGAGGAGCGCAAAACUGCAAGGCAUACCACUGCUUAGGGAAGCUAAUGGUGUUCCCUUGACGAUAGUGUGAUUGAUAAGGAGAAAGUAUAGUGGCGUCACUCAGUUGCGUUUGAGAACAAUGAAAUAAUUCAAACAAAAACUAGACCCUGAGCGAUCGUACUUCUUUCCUCACAGACACGCGCGGCGAGCGAAAAAGUGAAAUUAUGCAAAUGAAGUUAAAAAGCGGGAGAAAUUGGGGCAAGCUUGGGCAGAGAGAGUCCUUUUUCCUCUUGGCACGGGCUUCCGCCCUCGUUCCUCACGACUUCGCCGCUCACCCCUGCUCUCGAUCUUUUGUGACUCAAAAAGAAAGUGAAGAGACUGUUCUCAGUCUAGCAAAAAUGUACGUGCGCGAGUUUUUGUGACCAGAGACGAUACUUGUUUACUCUAAGUGAUACAGAGACUGAAGCAUAAUAAAGAAAGAAACUUUCUGGCCUUUUCAAUUGAGGAUUUUAUUUCAUCUCAUUCUUACAAAUCCCUUAUUCUAGAUUCAAUUUUUAACCGAUUUCUUAGUUGCAUUUAAAGGCCGUUCGUUCUGCGUUCUGCAGAACUUAUUGAACCAAGAUGUAUCCCAUAGCUUUGAUAUGCUGGUCGCCAUUAUCUGGCCGGGCUGUAGCUUCGUUGCCACACGUGUUGGAGUCAUCACCGUACCCUCCAGUGCCGAACCCGAUUCUGGAGUCGCAGCUGUUACAAUCAUUUUGCUCGUUACUAAUGAUACCAAUUCUCGCUUUGCUGUGUGCGGUACUGGCACCUAUGGCAUUGAAUCCCUCUUUGUUACAGUUGGGUUGUAAAGAGGCCCGAGAGCCAAUGAGAUUCUUCCACGUGUUUCGGCCCAGUGAAGUAGCUCGGUAUUUGCCAUCUGCGAUCAGUGAAUACAGGGAUCUGGCUUGAUGGUUGAUGACAACAGACUUGAACUGCUGACCGAUCUUCAUUCCAAGACAGAUCUUGUUAAACGGUGUGUUCCAAUAAGUCGGUAACUUGGUCUCGUGAGUGUCCAACCCAGUCUUCCCUCCUGGAAGAUUGAAGUCGACUUUGUUGCUCCACAGUUUAGAAUUGUAGUGAAAGGUUUUCUGAUUGAAUUAAUAAAGAAAACAUCAUGUAAGUUAUUCAGCUAACGCACUAUCGCUUUUCUCCUUUAUAAUUUGACAAAUGUAAUAUCAGCAUAUAUAUCGUGGUCUUCGCUGCAUUGAUAAAUCAUCGAGCUAACAGUUAUCAAGCCUACACUUACUAGAUCCACUGUUACCCUCUUUGUUGACCUUAAUAAUAGUCUGAAUUUAAGUGACAGACCGACAGAACUGCUUGUGAUAACAUUUAACUUUUGAUACCUUUGAGCCAUCGAUCUUCAUCACCAGCGUCCAUCCUCCUCCUCCGCAUGCGUCAAGCAUAUGCUUAGUCAUGUGACAAUAUACGGGAAUCUUUGCAGAGCCAACAUUCAGGAGGUACUCUUUGUUUCUUUUAGACCUGGUAAAAAAAAAUAAUAAUAAAACUUCAUUGGUUCACGUCAUUCUGAAGUAAUUGCCUCAUCUGGGGUGAUAGAAAGGCUGUCUUAGAAAGUGGAAAUCUAAGAAUAUCGAGUGACGCUGUAAUUGCUGACUUUGUCGAUAAGCAGAACUCUUUGUUAGCGUCUAUAUUUUUUCCCCUUGUUUAUAUUGUCACCAGUCUUUGGAGUCGCUCCUAAUUAAACUAUAAAUUACUCAGUCCUGUUAAGUUGGUGAUUCAUAUACUGUCCUUCAUCGGGAGCGUUUUGUUAAUUGUCAGUGCUUUCUUUUUUCCUGAUUUUUUUUCUCACAAACGUAGUGAUUGUUAUUUGAGUUUAUUUUACCAUUUCUGGACCAAUGUUUGCUUUUUGUACACUACAAUCAUCCUAACUGUUGGCCAAGAUUGGUUCAGUGUUUUUAUGAUUUUCAAAACCCUGAUUUUGUUCACAUAAUUUAGCUUAUAUUCUUUUCAACUUUGUGGUGUCAAAAUGAAGGAGCAUAAAACCAAAAAAGUAUAAUUUUUACAGUUUUGAUGCAUUCGUUACACACUUCUUUUCUUUUCUACAUUAAUUUACGGUUAUUUUGCCCAGAAACUUUCGUUUUUGUGUAACCGGGGAUUUUCGUCAUCAUUCAGUGAUAUAAACCUUGUGCAGAUGAGUCCAAACAUGUUUGGAUCCUUUGUCCUUUGUGUGUGAAUUCUCUUCGUUCUUUUCAAUAACGCAAAAGUACACGUCAUCUUUUACUCUUGUCUGUAGGGAGCUUGUGGGUUGUGAGUGGAAGCCGAUUUUGGCGAUAUUUUUUUCUGACAUAACUCUGUGUUUGCGACGAAAAAAGGUGUUUUGGUGUAUCUUUAACCUUCUUUACUUACAGGUUCUUGUCAUAAAUCUCCUUGCACGUUGAAGCUGUUGAGAAUAAGAGAAUGAUAUUAGCUAUAUCGUACAGGGAACUUUAAAACUGAGACCAAUUUUUGCCGUUGAUUCAAGACUCGUUUACGGUAAAGAAGACGACAAAUAGAGCCCUCUCUCAAUAAUACCGUGAGCACUGAGUUUUACUUCAUUUUUCGCAUUUUCGGCUAGUUCCGCGUUAAAUUUUUUGUGUCUUGCUACAUUUUUAAGAGCAGAAACAUCAAGGACAAGAAAAAAAAUUUCUUUGUGUUUGGUGAAAUUGAGUUAUGUUACAUUACAUUUCAUCUUAAAUGUGUCAUUAGUUUAAUCACAUCUGUGUGUUAGAACGGAAUAUAAAAAUUCUUAAAUUACCUGCAUAAGGAGAAGGCUGUAGCAGUUUUAUUAGCUGAUCGAGCUUUUCAUCGAGUUUCUUGAUAGCAUCGUUAGUUACAGCGCCCUGUCCAAUGUACUGAUUGCAUACAACUGGAUCACCAUGCCCUUUUUUUGUUGUCUUAGUCCCAUUCGCCGCGCAUUCCGCGAAAAUCACAAGGAAUGCUACAAAAAGCAAAAAUCUCAUUGCGGUAGCCUGGCAAUUGGUGAAGUGCAAUAUUUCUCCAAAGUUUUCUUGAACAGAAUGACUCAUGCUGUAAGAGGAUGUCUAAAUUUAUUGACCUGAGAUUUGGCUGGUAGCGAGACAAGAAAAUUUUCCACUCGGAUUAUUAAGUAAACAGUUGCCAUUUAGGUCAUUUUUGGUGCUAUGUAAAAUACUGAUAAAAAUCUUGUGGAAAGAAAGGUGUCUUUUGCUGAUUAUUUCAGCCCUGCUGUUAAAAUUUGCUUUAAAAUAUUAGCUGCAUGAUCAAAGGCGAGUAAGUAAAUUUUCGUGAAUAACUACAGGGCUUGAAGUUUAUUUCUAUUUGUUCAACGGAAAAAUCGACGACAAAAAGUAGAAACUCUUAAGUUGAAACAGCAGGAAUUGUAUUCACUACCGUAAUACUAUGAAGAUAAUUCUGAAAUAAUUAUACUAAAAGGCUAUAAUUAUAGUUGUCUGUGUUUAUUAUUUGCAAACUUUGAGGUGCUAUUGUUCCUACGGCAGUUGAGACCUCGACUCUUUACUUUCGUAACUAACGUCAUUCUUCCUCGACUAAUUUUCUUCCUAAAUUUUCUAGCCUUUGCAAAUGUCUUAGUUACUCUUCAGCAGCCUCUUCAAAGUACCAACCCUGGGUAUGAUAUCUUGUCUUGAAAGACUCUCGAAUGUCGUGAGACUUAUAAGAGACACUGACAAUGAAGAACUCAGCCGAAAUGACAUUCCAUGAUAACACGUGGUGAGACAAAAUACUGUUUAUUUUUUAGGGUAUUUGCAUUUUGCUUUUCACAGCAUAAACCUUGAACAUUUUGAGGCCUUGAGCUUAAGGUUGGACGUUUAAUCAGUUUAGUACUGUCUGUUGUCUGCUUUAGUACUAAUCAUGUUUUAUUGUUGAAUUAACUUUAUUGUACAGUGGAACCUCGUUAUAACGAAGGACCAAAGGACUGACAAAAUUUGUUCGCCUCAACACGGUGUCGUUAUAUCAAGGUUCUUUUUCAUAUAUUUUACUAUUACUGGGUAAAGAAAAUCGUUUGUUAAACCGAAGACUUCGUAAUAUAGAGGUUCGACUGUAGAAGUAUUUUAUCAACGUGUCGAAACCCUAUUUGGCCGAUUCCUUCCCCUGUUGUGUGACAGGUCAAUUUUCAGCUGAAGCUUUUUUAAAAAUCUUUUUUUAUCAUUUUUCAAGCUUAAUGAGUAGUUAUGCUGAAAUAAGCGCAUGCACUUAGUCGCUUGGUUUCUAGAAAUUGUAAGACAACCAUCCGGCAAACGCGCUUUUAAAAGCUAUCUCUGUUUUCCUCAGACAGAUCAAAACGUUUUUAUAAUCGGAAGUAAGUUAUUAUUGUAAAGUUGGACCUAAAUGGCUUGAAAUUGUAUUGUAAAUAAGAAGGUGAUUUUGCAAGUUUAAUAUUCCAAUCAUGAAUAAAUUUGAAAUCAGUUUAAUUGCUUUUUACUAUCAGACACCUUUCAUGAAGACCUUCACUUUUCUUUUUGUUCUUUGUGUAUUAAAACUUUUUUUGAACCGAAACAAUCGCUUUUUUCUCGUCAAAUUUCAUAACGAAGAACAGAUAAGAAAAACAAAUAAGACGUACAACAAGUUCCAUUGCUUUCACUUUUGAACAUAAUUGUUUUGAUUGCGUUUGAUAUAUUUUAAUGUGUUUCGACCAUUUCUUGAUUCGAGAUCUGAAUGGUUAAAAUCGAUGUCAGUUUAUAUAUUUGUUGUCGGUAAAUUUUCUUGAGUAACACAAAUUGCGUGAUGUUCAGUUUUUAGGCGAACCACAGUUCAGUGGACGAUAGUAUAAAUAUAACAACCUACGUGUAUAUUGAGAAUGAACCGGCGCUAUCACGUUGGUUUUUCGAGAGCCGCACAGAAAUUUACAGUCCUCCAAGGAGGACAUCUUUGCGACCGGCAUCAAGUAUCCGCCUUAGAGUAAUGUCCGUCUUAUUGAACGUCAACUAAAAGGAGGAAAGAAAGGCAGAGACCAACUCUAGCUGUCCGUUCUGACGAAGUGUUCGUCUUAUUGAGGUGUAGUCGACCGUGAAAUUAAAUUAAAUUACCUUUGAUUCAUAUUUCACAGUUUUUAUGGACUGAAGACUUGUUUCAGUUCAGCGCCCCAAAUUUUUGAUAGCGUCUUUUUUUCUGGAGAUGCCAAAAUUGAUCUGUAUGCUUCUUCAUCUCAUAAUAUGAUUUCGGAACCCAUUAAAAUGAUGGCUUUCCGGCUUGAGUUUUUUGUUCUGAAUCGUUCGUUAACCCUCGCUUUGAAUUGCUGCCAAGAAGAGUCGAAAGUUUUCAGCUCAAAACUUGCUUUCCGCAAGUCUACAACAACUAGAACCAUGUUAAGGUAGAAAGCAAAUGUAUGAUGUGGACUGAAAACCUUUGCUAUAAACUUGGUCUGAUGACCAUUAUACUUCAAAGGAAUCCUCUCUAGCUUGCAAGCUCUCCAGUGUAUUUUGUGUCUUUUAUCACAACAGCGACAAUUUUAUACUUUACUACUCCUCCCAUGAGGUAAAUCCUUGUUGGCUCCCACAUUUUGGGAGCCACGUGACCAGCCACAAACCAGGGUUAUUUCUCGAGGCAAGGGAGGGAACUCUGGGAACGAGGUUGAUCUGAUCCGCUGAGCGCCUGUAUUGUGGGCCCUCCAUUCGGCGCCAUUUCUCGCUAUUUGAACGCCUACAACAGGCGAGCAUUCAACUACAUUAAAAACCAGCGAGUAAAAACCUAGCUUUUAAGAACCUGUCGGGCUAAAAUUUGAGAUAGGUUCUUAUGUUCUAAAAUCUCUUUUAAAAAUAUUGCAUACACUUUGACAAAUAAGAUAAGUCAAACCUCAUUUCUACAUAAAUACUAAUUUGGUAUGUAAAUUUUAUAUAAGGAAUAAGUUGACUUCUACCAAAUACUCUCAUCUAUAAUGUAUUGUUUUCUUCAGAAAAUUUUGAACCUAUUUUAGAACCUAAAUAGCCCUAAUUUUUUUGCUCGUUCUAGUACCAUUUAUGUAAAGCCCCAUGCAAACGGACGCGACAUUGUCGGCCAACAACUCCCAACAUUGUUGGAUGUCAUAUAUUGCGUCCGUUUGCACACUCUGUUGCAUGUUGUUGGAUGUUGUAGCGCAAAGUUUGGGCCAACAAUGUUGGGAGUUGUUGGGCUAACAAUGUUAGGAGUUGUUGUAUCCGUUUGCACGUAGCUUAAGAACCUGUUUAGGCUAACUUGGAAAAAUGCAGGUUCUUACUCGCAGGUUUUUACUGAAUCUGUUUUUCAGUCAGUGAUUUUUUGAAAGAUAAAUUAAGAAUUUUUGUUUACUUUGGGCACACUUAGGGCUGCGAUUGUUGAUACGUUUGCUUUUGUAUCUUUCAGGCUGUCUAUCAAGAGUUGUGUAAAGAUUACAAGGUUGAGAUGCCUCAAAGUAAACCGCUAUCACCAGGAGAGAUUCUGGGAUGCACUGCUCCAAGGAUAAAUGACAAAGAUGCAUUUCUGUAAGAUAUGACGUUAAUACCUGCUGUGUUGAACUAUGCAGUGAACGUUGUUAAAGUAUAAUGACAUUUUCCAUUUGGUUUGCAAUGAAUUGUUUUUAUCGAUGGGUAUUGUGUCCGAUUUAGACCAGUUAGUGAAAUAUUAGAUUCAAUAAGGUCUCUUUUAAAAGUACAUUCCAUUUGACCGUGUGCCGUUUCAGUUAAAGAUCUGCUUGGUAACCUUUAAAACAGGGGUUGAUUUAAUAAAGCUUUUAUAAGUGUAAUUUACAAGUGCAGCUAUUGUUUUCAGACUCUAACACAAUAGCUACACUUGUAAAUUACACCUGUAUAAAAUUGACCCCUGCAGACAAAUGACCCCUGAAAGUGAAUGCACUUGUAUGCAGAUUGCAGACAUCGAUAAGAUUUCUAUAAAGAAUUUUAUUUCAAAUGUUUAUUUUGGCAUUUAAUUCCUGUAGUUAUCUUGGAGACGGGAGGUUUCAUUUAGAAGCUGUGAUGAUUGCUAACCCAUCCGUGCCAGCCUACAGGUUGGUAUUGGCAGUAUACAUAUCUUUACAGUGUAAGAUAAUACAAACAGUGGACACAAAUAGAGACAAAGUCCGACCAUGCAUCAGAUCCUUUACAGUAGCAAAUGUAACGUAACCCAUCGGAUUAGUUGGCUAAAAUGACAAAAGUUUUCUCCUGGCUAGUUUUAGAACGAUUUUCGUGUGACCUUGAAAAAUGGUGUUCGUUAUUUGCUUUACCAGCCAAUGGAUGAUAAGAUCAAAACACGGACUCUUCAUUUUCCCGCCAAAAAACCCUAAUAUGGAGAAGGUAUUGUUCGAUUGUCCAAUCGUGUUGCGGUAUGACGUCAAUGAGAAGUAUCCAUUGAUUUCUAGAAAAUUCUCGGGCAUUCAUUUGAGGGUCACACGAAAAUCGCUCUACCUCUCACUGGCAGUUGAAAAUGAGAAUCCCCAGUGGGUUUCUCAGGAUAUUGGAUUUGCCUUAUUUGAAGGCCGGAAUUCGGGAUUUUAAAGCAAAAUAGGGCGAUAUUCUGGAAUGAAAGUAUGCAAGGGAUGUGGGAUGCGGAGAAUAUUAACCAUCAGGAUUACGGGAUCUAGCGGAAAUUUGGGUUGGGAUGACGGAAUUAAUCGGAAAUUUGGGUCGAGAUUACAGGAUUGAGCGGAAAUUUGGGUGAAGAUGACGGGACUGAAUAAGGCUAUUGGAGACCUUUUGAUAAUGUGGGUGGAGACAUUUUGGUCAAUAGACCUUUCGGGCAUUGCGCUGAAAAUUUUACACAAUAUACAAGGCGAAGCCUCGUUUCGACUUACCGCUUUUUUCCGGUUCACCUGCGUGAAAGGUCUAUUACACAGCAUACAAAUUCCAAACAGCAAACGCUCUGUCAUGAAAGAUAUUGUUCAUCAUAGUAUGUGUACAAAGGGUUUUCUUUAUCGUUUGUCUGACCGUAGUCCGAUCAAAACCCGUCAACCAUGAGUGAGGUUCGUGAUACGCCAAUCAAUAGCAACCGUGGUGGUACUAAUAGUCCCAUUCAGCGGCAAAUCGACACUAUUCGCCUGAUGAAGACCUGCAGUACGCGGUCGAAACGUCUUGAUCAAUACCUAAGUGAUUAUCGUGCUUCAAAAGAUAAGCAAAGCGUGUUAAACAAUCGUUCUGUGAGAACAUUAUUUAUUUUUUUGGAUUGGAGGGGGCGUACGAAUUCGUGGGGGGUGCUUAUUUUCGGGCAUUUAGAGUAUUAAAAGAGCUAAAUUAAACCGAUAACAAAUUUAAACUACAAUCCUUUUCAUUUAUUUGUUGUUAAAUAUUUACUUAUUUAUUCACUUAUUUAUAUUUUCCCUCUAUUUUAGAUACGAUCCCUACAGUAAAAUAUUUUCCCGUGAAUAUUAUGAUAUCGAUGCUAUGUUCAAAGCAAGGAGAGACGCGAUAAAUGCUGCGUCCAAAGCCAGGAAAUUUGGCCUCAUUCUCAGCACCUUAGGAAGGCAAGGGAGUCCUAAGGUCUUGGAGGUAACUUGAGAAAUUGUAAUAGUUUCUUGUAAUCACUGAAGAACAAGUCAAAUACCUUUUUUUCCUUUUUUCGAUCACCACGUCUCAGAAUGAAAUGAUAGAAGCGUUUACUACUACCGUUUCUCUUUUACGACCCCUCCCCCAGGGAGUACUUCUCUAUAUAGUUGAUAUAGGUAUGUGCCACCCUCGAGGGUAUGGGUUUUGAAGGGGAUCGAUGUUUUCGGCCCCAGCAUUUUGAAUUUCCGAAUUUUCACAGUGCGUGGCACCACAGUGGUAGCCUCGGCAGAGAUGUCUGGUUAAAGAAAAGCUAUCUAGAUCUUCAGCAGUUUAAGCAGUACAAGCAUUUUAAGCAACUGGUAGAAAAUGUGUUUAUGCGAAUGCUAAUUUGCUUACAAGCAAAAAGACAGCAUUUUUAUCGCAAAAGUGAAAACCUGAUGUCUUUGUUGAUUUCUGGCCGCCACCAGUAUUGGUGUCUCAUGUUAGUUCACCAGCAUGGCGUCCCCAUACAAAGCUCUAUAAACUUGGGUUAAACUUUUCGGUAAACCAGACCUGAGACUUGGAUAUGUUGUAUAUUUAUGAGUCUUCUGUAACAUUACAUUUUGUUGGCUUCUUUCGUUCAACGGUUUCAAAGUUUAAUAUUUUUUCAUUGAGUGACAGUAAAAACACUCUAUAUGUUGUCAUCUUUGAGUAAGAGAAACCACUUGCUUAACUGUAGUAACUUCUGUAGUAACGACCUCCUUACUAGUCGUCCUUGGAUAGUUCGGAUGUGUCGUCGCCUCGACUGCGAAGUUGCAAAGUUACUACACGAGAAACCCAAGCACGCGAGCCGCGACAAGCGAGGGCUUCUUUUCUUGUCUGGUCCUAAUGCCUUAACAUAACGUCGUGGUUUGCAAUCGCGCUGGCUGAGAUAAAAACUAGACGGAUCUUAAGAGAAAAGGCGGACUGCAAGCAGUCUAGUCGUCGCCUGUCAAGCUUGGCGGGAGAAUCGCCCUCGGUUCCAAGCCUCCUAUGCUCACUAGGAUAGCGCGAAUUGGCCCUCUGAAGGUUUGUUGUGGAGAUAAAUGUAAUUUGCCUUUACUUACUUAAAUUUACAGAACUUGGAGCAAAUGUUUAAGAAGGCUGGACUUGAAUAUGUGGUGGUUUUGAUGUCUGAAAUUUUCCCAGACAAACUGCGAUUGUUUGAAGAUGUUGAUGCGUAAGUUCAAAAUCCUUGUUCUUUUGGCCUUUAACUGAACAUAUUCUUGAAGACUACAAGAAAAGUGGUCUCAUUUAUGUGAUUCUUGCCCUUAUAUUUUAGGUUCCGUUUACAUGGAAGGGUAACCGUCGUGUAAGGCCAUGUGAAAUGUUAGCUCUCCUUUUCGUAAAGAGGGUUAGCCAGAGGGCUGUCUUGCCCCUAACAUAUUUUAAGACGAAAAUUGAAAUUGAGUAAUUUUAAUUUUCAGAGGACAAAGACCUUGUACCAGAAUAAUUUAAAUAAUACUGCAUAAUUUUUAGUAUAUUUUUUAACGGCUAUAGCACCGAAGAAAAUUUCUUAUGAGAACCCGAGAAAAUAUAUGUCAAAUUUCACAAAAUGACAUCUUACACAUGACCUGUCUUUUCACAAUUCUUGUGAAAUUUGGCCUUCAAUUUCCUGGUGGAUCCCGUGUUAAUUUGAAUUUGACUGAUCCGUGAUCAGUCUACACAAGCUAAGUUUCCAAUCCUAGGAGGAUGAACCUACCUCAACAUUUAGCCUUCUAAAAGGGAGAAGAACACCCUAGCAAGCAGAUAGGAUACCCCUUCCCCGCUAGGGUAGCUUACCUUUCAUGUAUGCGAGUUUUUGAAACAGUAGGAGAGGAUCACAACCUUCAACAUCAAACGGGGUAUUAAACUGGAGCAGUUUGGAAACAACCAGAAACGAAGUUGGCUUCUUUACCCGUCAUUCAUUUUAUUUAUUCACUUUCAUCAGAAACUCAUGAGUUUCUGCUUUCAUUUAUUCUCAGCCCUCCGUUUGCUGGAAUGUUUAUUGGAUGGAAGCAGGAAAUGUGUAUGUGUCAGAACGGAGGGCGAGGGGGUGGGGCAAGAGCUCGCCCAUACUCUUCCUCUCUCCCCUAGCGCUUGUUUUGCUCUACUUUUCUCAAGUUUCCACAGAGAAAAUAGAGAGCCUAUGGACAGUCUAGAAACGGAAUUAGCGUUAAAAUAUUUCAGGAGACGUGACACGUAAUAUAAUGUACUAAACAACAGCAGACGAAGGACACACUUUAUUGCAUGCAAAGUUCUGUGGUUGUUUUUUAUUCUCACAAACACGUGUCAUUUUUUAGCUGGGUCCAAGUUGCCUGUCCAAGAUUAUCGAUUGAUUGGGGAUAUGCGUUUCCUAAACCUCUUUUGUCUCCUUACGAGGUACGUAACCUGCUCUUUUAUCCCCCCAAAAAUUAAGUUAUGAAGGACUUCCUGCUGUCAAAUACUUGCCAUAUAUAGUACACCCGCCUCGUUCCCGUUCCCUCGCUCUCACUCCUACUUGUCUACUUGUCCCUGCUCGGCAGGGAAGAGCAGGAGAUACCCUGGGAACGAGGUUGGAUGGUCACGUGGUCAUUAUGAUGUCAAUUUAUGUUCGAGUAAACCUGCGUAGCAAGCAUUUCCGUUUGGUUUCGGAGCAAAGAAAGACCGAGGAACGGGAUUUUCGGUUUUGGCCGAGCGAGAAAUGAAACGAGAACCAAAAAAUGAAAGAGGGGGGAAGUGUCCUUCCUUUCUUCCUGACCCCUCCCCUCUUACUCGCGCCAUUUUUCGCGAGGUCUUUGACUCUCGCUCCUCGUUCUUUGCUCCGAAACAGAACGGAAACGCUUACUACACAGGCUAAUGUUCGAGUAUGUUGUGAAGUUUUGGUUUUUCCUCGGCCGCAUUAAAACACACAACACGGCCAGCCUGCAAUAAAGCGGCCUCUCAGUGCUGCCUUUCGCUGAAACGUUUCUCGGUCGUAUCAGCGGGUUUUGCCACAUUUUUCACUUUAAAUAACGUAUCAAAAUGUUUCAACGGUUUCGAUGGGCGCCGAAAAAUCCAUUUGUAUGUAGACGAAAGGAAAACUUGACAAGAACACUGAGAAAAUUCGUUCUGACGAAGAGCUAGCGCCCGAAAUCGUCAUGUAUGAAUCAGUCGAUGGAGUUGAUAAAACUUCUUAUUAUAUAAACACCAAUGAAAUACCAGGUGAGCUUUCGCGCGAAAACAUGAUAUCUUCACAUGUGAAAAUAACAUGUUAUCUUCACAUGUGAAAAGAUCACCGUUGCGAUGGCUACAUAAUAGAUCGCGCCUUUCCUAGGAAAAAACUGUUUCAUUGAAAUGGUUUGGUAUUUCAUUGGUGUUUAUAUAAUAAAUAGAACAUUACAUUAUCGCUUGGAGAUACGAAAUUUCUCUUCUCGUGUUGAGAAUAUUUCACUCGUUCGCUGCGCUCACUCGUAAAAUAUUUUUCAACACUCGAGGAGAAAUUUCGUAUCUCCGCGCGGCCAUGUAAUAUCCUCUAUUUAUUUGCCACUUUAGAAACGAGAAGAGGACUGGAGCCGAAAUGUAUCCCGCAAUUGUUUCUGGGAUCGUUGCUGGUGAGGCACCGGUACCACCGCGGUCAAACGUCUAAAUCGUUAUUUUUGUUUUUUAUUGCUGGGAUUUCAUUUACCAGUUAGAGAAAAAUGGGCAAAGAUGUAUAAAUCAGUUAGUCAACAUAACUAUCUUUCCAUUUUUCUCAAAAUUUUGAGCUUUUUUCGCUGAAAACGCUUCGCGCUAAAAGAGAAUCAUGUUUGAAAAUGGCGCCCAUAAUAACGUCAGCAUCGGUUUUUAAUCACUUAGAACUUUUUUAGUAAACUUUUAAAAAGUUUAGUAAACUAACAGGAUGUUGGUAAUACCCUAAACUUUCGAUAGUGAAAGUAGCAACCUUAACUUUCAAGUAUUUCGCUUGACUUUUGCAAAUUUGACUCGUUUGACCGCUGUGAAGGCACCGGUCAAUUUUGUCUAGUAGCAGUCCCAGAAGUCUUUGCAGAAGUUAACUCGGCCCAGUCUCCUCCUCGUUUCUAAAGUGGCGAAUUUCACUUUUAUUUCACAGGUGUCAGUUGUAUUGCAACAGAUUGAAUGGCAAAGGGAUUACCCAAUGGACUUUUACGCGAAUGCAAGUCUUGGAUCGUGGACUGUGAAUAACGAAGUCAACAGACAAGCUACUGUUAGUAGGAGAAGGAAACAUUUACAAACUGAAAAACUGACUUCUGAAGAAAAAGGAACAAACGUUGAGAGCAAGGACGACUGCGGUGGAGAACGCAGCGAUUGUUGUGGUAAAUGUCAUCAAGAAAAUUCACAGAAGUUAAACAAAACGGAGAAAAUACAUCAGUAG